AUAUGUUUUUGAAAUAGUUGUAAGCAUUCUUAGAAGUUUCUCUCCACAAAAUGAUGGAGGAGAGAAAAAAACCCCAAAAACUAUGCCAUUCAUGUACCACGAACUAUAUACUGAGAAGCACCAGGAUACAAUGACGCUGAUGACGUGCUGAGACCUUCUCCCUCAAGCUUGCGUGAGCCGCAUCACGCUGUCCCCGUUCUUUACAGCGGGCGGAAGGAUAUUUUCUUUGGGUAUCAGGAUCCGGGCUAGGAGAAGGAUGCAGAUGGGAUCGCUGUGUGUCUGCCAGCUCCGGGCGCUGUGAUCUCACGUUUUCCCUGCAGUGAGUAACAUUGCAACCCGUAACCGCCCGGGCUCCAUCCCGCAGGCCUGCUCUGUGCUCACUCCUCAUGUCUGGGCUCUGUCCGAGCGAUAACGCGGAGUCUGCCAGUGUCCCUCAGCCAAGGCCCCGCCCCCAGGCCCUCCCCCUGCCCGCUGCAGAGAGAAGGUGUGUGCGGUGUCUGUAGGCAAUAAAUGGGGGUCUCAGAGACCCCCACACUGUGGGUCAGUCAGCACUGAGCUCCUGCACUCCGGCUGUGGGCUAGGCACUAGGCUAGGCUUCCUUUAAUGCACACAGGUUAACUGCCACAGGUUAACCAUCAUCAUCAUAAUAUAUACCAUAACAACUAGACUGCCACAGGGUAACCGUCAUCAUAAUAUAUACCAUAACAACUAGACUGCCACAGGGUAACCGUCAUCAUAAUAUAUACCAUAACAACUAGACUGCCACAGGGUAACCGUCAUCAUAAUAUAUACCAUAACAACUAGACUGCCACAGGGUAACCAUCAUCAUAAUAUAUACCAUAACAACUAGACUGCCACAGGGUAACCAUCAACAUCAUAAUAUAUACCAUAACAACUAGACUGCCACAGGGUAACCAUCAACAUCAUAAUAUAUACCAUAACAACUAGACUGCCACAGGGUAACCAUCAUCAUCAUAAUAUAUACCAUAACAACUAGACUGCCACAGGGUAACCAUCAUCAUAAUAUAUACCAUAACAACUAGACUGCCACAGGGUAACCAUCAUUAUAAUAUAUACCAUAACAACUAGACUGCCACAGGGUAACCACAACAUCAUAAUAUAUACCAUAACAACUAGACUGCCACAGGGUAACCAUCAUCAUAAUAUAUACCACCAACAUAGACUGCCGCAGGUAACCAUCAUCAUAAUAUAUAGACUGCCACAGGGUAACCGUCAUCAUAAUAUAUACCAUAACAACUAGACUGCCACAGGGUAACCGUCAUCAUAAUAUAUACCAUAACAACUAGACUGCCACAGGGUAACCAUCAUUAUAAUAUAUACCAUAACAACUAGACUGCCACAGGUAACCGUCUUCUAAUAUAUACCAUAACAACUAGACUGCCACAGGGUAACCGUCAUCAUAAUAUAUACCAUAACAACUAGACUGCCACAGGGUAACCGUCAUCAUAAUAUAUACCAUAACAACUAGACUGCCACAGGGUAACCAUCAUCAUAAUAUAUACCAUAACAACUAGACUGCCACAGGGUAACCAUCAUUAUAAUAUAUACCAUAACAACUAGACUGCCACAGGUUAACCAUCAUCAUAAUAUAUACCAUAACAACUAGACUGCCACAGGUUAACCAUCAUCAUAAUAUAUACCAUAACAACUAGACUGCCACAGGGUAACCAUCAUCAUAAUAUAUACCAUAACAACUAGACUGCCACAGGGUAACCAUCAUUAUAAUAUAUACCAUAACAACUAGACUGCCACAGGUUAACCGUCUUCUCAAUAUAUAUUUCAUAACAACUAGACUGCCACAAGGUAACCGUCAUCAUAAUAUAUACCAUAACCACUACACUGCCACAGGGUAACCGUCAUUAUAAUAUAUACCAUAACAACUAGACUGCCACAGGGUAACCAUCAUUAUAAUAUAUACCAUAACAACUAGACUGCCACAGGUUAACCGUCAUUAUAAUAUAUACCAUAACAACUAGACUGCCACAGGUUAACCGUCAUUAUAAUAUAUACCAUAACAACUAGACUGCCACAGGUUAACCGUCAUUAUAAUAUAUACCAUAACAACUAGACUGCCACAGGGUAACCGUCAUUAUAAUAUAUACCAUAACAACUAGACUGCCACAGGUUAACCGUCAUUAUAAUAUAUACCAUAACAACUAGACUGCCACAGGGUAACCAUCAUCAUAAUAUAUACCAUAACAACUAGACUGCCACAGGGUAACCGUCAUUAUAAUAUAUACCAUAACAACUAGACUGCCACAGGGUAACCGUCAUUAUAAUAUAUACCAUAACAAUUAGACUGCCACAGGUUAACCGUCAUCAUAAUAUAUACAUUAACAACUAGACUGCCACAGGGUAACCAUCAUUAUAAUAUAAUAUAUACCAUAACAACUAGACUGCCACAGGUUAACCAUCAUCUUAAUAUAUACCAUAACAACUAGACUGCCACAGGUUAACCAUCAUCAUAAUGUACUCCAUAACAACUAGACUGCCGCAGGAUAGACAUCACCAGAAAUGUACUCACUAAUAACUAGACUGCAACAGGUUAGCAAUCAUUAGAAAUGUACUACAUGAGAACUAGACAGCCACAGGUUAGCAAUCAUUAGAAAUGUAUCCCAUAAUAACUAGACUGCCACAGGUUAGCCAUCAUCAUCUGGCAGGUUUAAGCAUCGUCAGAAAUGUACUCAAAAAUAACUAGACUGCCACCGGUUAAUUAUCAGGAUAAAUGUAGUCAUAAUAAAUGUACUCCGUAAUAACUAGGUUGACAAAGGUUAGCCAUUACAAGAUGUUUACCAUAAUGUCUACGCUGCCACAGGUUAAUUAUAAUAAAUGUACUCCAUAACAACUAGGCUGCCACAGGUUAGGUAUCAUCUUAUAUGUAUUUCAGAAUAACUAGCAUGCCACAGAUCAGUCAGCAUCAUCAGAAGUGUUCUCCAUAACAACUAGGCUGCUCCUGGUUAGUUAUCAUCAGAUAUGUUCUCCACAACAACUAAAGUUGCCACAGGCUAGCCAUCAUAAUAAAUGUAAACAAUAUCAGCUAAACAUCUACUCGCUAGCCAUUGUUAGCCAUAUAAUUUGGUUCGCUAAGAGACCUGGUUAGCUAUCUGCAGCUGAUUUGGAUGGUUGUGCACUUUGGGAAAUGUAUCUAAAAACUACCAACAUUUGUUUGGCUUUUUAUCCUUCAUCCUUUGGCUGGUUAUGCAUAGUGGAAAUUAUACUUAUCACAUAGACAGGCAGCCAAAGAUUUGCAUCUAUGAGAAAAAAAAAAAUUAGUCUUCGAGUGGUUAUGGACAUUUACCAGUAACCAGUUGAAGAAUAGGCAGCUUCGCACAAAGAGAGAUUCCCUAAAUGCUUCAACCCUAACCCCCCAUGUAUGUGAAUACUAUGCAAGUAGAAGUAGCAGCAAGCACGUCUCGCAAUGCCUAAUUUCUGGGCUUAAAGUACAGACUCCGGCUUAAAUGUUCCUGCCACUAUAAAUGUGUUCAAAAGGGGAAUUUGUUGCACUAUGCAAUAUUUUGUGUUUGUAGGAAAAAUGUGCACAUGUAUGAAUACAGGGGUAUGCAGUGGAUCACGAGCAUUUGCAUGCAGGGGAAGGCCACUGUGUGUGAACAACCGAGCAUGUAUUGUAACACUUUUCCCAUUCUAAGUUAUUUUCCAACUUCUGCCCCAUGUCAUUGGUCCCUGUGCUCUACAUCCAAAUGGACAUAAAGAGGACUAUUUUUACAUGUGGAGGAAAGUGGCAGAUCAUUGCUGCAUUUAUUUCCUCACUAUAUCGCUUCCCCAUCAACCUACAUGACUAGCUCCUCUCAUUUUCACUACCUUCUUUCUUUAAAUUUUCCUCCCUUAUUUGGUCUCUUAUGGUCUCCUAUGUUUCUGUGCUAUGCUUUUACCUUUACAAGCAGGUGGUGGCAUCAUCCCUGGUGUAACCGCAGGUGGUUCCUUUAUUUACCACUUUAAUGUCUUAAAGCAUAGAACUUAGUAGGGCUAACCAUACAGAUAUCUUAGCCAUAAUUUUAUAUAGUUAGUAAGAGAUCCUCUAUUUAACAUAUAUACAUAAUUGAGAAUACAAUAUAAAAUAAGGAUUGUAUUGGUAGCAAUAGGUUUGUCUUUUAGAUAUUUAUUAUAUAAAAAUAUAAAUAUAGACAUAUAAAAUCCAUUAUAGCAGAGUUUAUAAGAUUAAAUUACAUGCUUGCAAAUAUCAUUAAUAGGUUAACAUACCCCUCUGAACAUGUCAUCAUGUCAGCCUCUCUGUCAUUUUAAGAUGGAGCAGCGUCUGUCUCCAAGUCUCUUCUCUGUGUCUUAACAUUUAAAAGUACACACAUUUAUACCUUAGGUGUCUUCAUUUUAGGGUUACCGUAGUUCUUUUACUUUAUUUAUUUUAGGACCUCCCUUAAUUUGGCAAACAUACAAGGCCAUAACUAAAGGGUGCAUACGUCAUGGAAACUUUCCUGACUUAGUUCAAGAUGGCAUCUUUAAGUCUGGACAUCCUUAUCUACUUAAGGUUACCACCGUAGCAUAGCCUUGAAGCUUGUUUAUGCAUUAUUGUUAUUGUAAUUAGUCUGGGACAACAUGGCGCAAACAUAUUAUGCACUGGGGUAUUGCUUAAAGAAACAGUUAUGAAAAACAAUAUGUUCCAUUUCUAACACCUUGUCAGUUUGCAAUAUCUCUUAAAGACAAAGUACACAGUUUAAGAAAUACAACAUUUCAUUCUAAAACUUGUAAUAUUUGCAUUUGCCCAUAACACUGGUAUCUAAUGUGAGCAGUGCUGUAUGGAGUUGUCUUUUAUCCACUGCAGAAAACCUUAAACUGUGUUCAUUACAUUGCUUUAGUACAUUAAAGGGGCACUAUAGUCACCAGAACAACUACAGCUUAAUGUAGUUGUUCUGGUGUGUAUAGUAUGUCCCUGCAGGCUUUUUGCUGUAAAUAAAACGCUUCAUAGGGACACCUUCAGUCAGAUGGCCACUAGAGGUGCUUCCUGGGUCCAAGCUCUGUAUGUAGAUGCUGAAUUUUCCCCUUAGAGAUGCAUUGAGUCAACGUGUCUUUGUGAGGAGAUGUGAUUGGCCAAGACAGACUGUUUUUUGCUCCGCCACGCCUCCUUGACUGAGAUCAUCAGAAUUGAUCCUAUGGGAAAGCAUAGGAUUGGCUGAGAUCAUCAAUUCUGAUGAUGGCAGCCAAGGGGUUGGGCCAGCAUUGGCAGACCUGUGCGACUCUGCAUAAAGGCAAGUUUUUUUUUUAAUUCAAGGGUGGCAAGGGGGGGCCGGGCAGCUAAAAUGGAUUUUUAACACUAUAGGGUCAGGAGUACACGUUUGUGUUUCUGACCCUAUAGUGUUCCUUCAAAGUAUGACUCAUCACAGGAUACUGGGUAGCUGUGCUUUUCUGUAGUGGACUGAAUAGAGCUUGGCGCCACUGCACUUCACACUCCUGACCGGAAUUGUGGUACUGGAGCCCCCAGAGCUGCUCCUGUCUUACCUGGUGGUUGCAUUUGGUAUUCAGGCUCUCGUAAUCUAAAGUUCGUCUGCCAGUGAUUGGUUUCUUCUCACCAGUGGUGAGAGAGUUAGUUUGAGUUGUGCCUCAUUGGAACUUUGGCAGUGUAUUGAUGGAUGAGAAUGAUGAGAGAUUUAAUUCAACAGCAUCCUCCCAUCGUGAAACUUGGCAUUUGUCCAUUGCUACUAAGCCAUUGUUUGUAUUUCUUUCCUAAAUAUCUGUUUGCAAAUCCAGCAGUGAAUUUUCAUCUCUGUAAUUGUGUGUUUUGUAAAACCUUUUGUGUCAGAACAGUAUAAAAAUACAUACUUCAAAAUAAGAUAAACAUACAAAAUCCCUGUGUGAUCGGAUUUGUGAGACUCAAACACCUAUGUGGUAUCCCCUUAACACACACAACAAAAACAAAAUAUGACCGAUUAUCCGUCUGGCCGAUAUUGCCAAUAAUACAUACCAGGACUGCCGGGCACAUGACAAGCGCGGCGGUCCUGGGGGGCCCACAGCAAGCGCUUACUUACCUUCCAAGCAGCUCCCUUAAGCUCCCCUGUGUAAAUCUUGCGAGUCCCGCAAUUUACAUAGGGGAGCUGAAGGGAGCUGCUGGAAAGGUAAGUAAGCGCUUGCUGCUGGGCCCCCACUGUACUUUCCAUGCCACCGGACCACCAGGGAAUACUAUAUCCCCCCUCUCUGGUAAGAAGCAGGGAGGGGGGAUUAAAAAAAAAAAUUAAAUAUUAAAAAAAAAUUAAAGCACAAAUUACAUCCCUACACAAACACACACACACACUCUGCAUUAUAUACACACAAACAUACACACUCUGCAUUAUAUACACAGUAUACAAACACACACACUGUAUUAUAUACACACUACACAAGCACACACACACUCUGCAUUCAUUAUACACACAUACUACACAAACACACUGCAUUCACUAUACACACACUCUGCAUUCAUUAUAUAAACACACUGCAUUCACUUUACGCAAACUACACACACUGCAUUCACUAUACACACUACACAAUCACACACAAUCUGCAUUCACUAUAUAUACACACUACACAAACACUCACUGCAUUCACUAUAAAUACUCACUGCAUUCACUAUACACACUACACAAGCACACACAAUAUGCAUUGUCUACAUAUACACACUACACAAACACUGCAUUCAUUAUAUACAUACUACACAAAUACACACUGCAUCCACUACACACACAGCUCCCCUGUCUAAACACACUGCGUCCACUACAUGUGGCAUGUAUAUUUUGUGCAUUUACCUUUAGAAAUAGUUUAUUUGUUCAAAAUGGUAAAUGAACAGAAUAUCGGCCUGAAAGUUCACAGAUUAUCGGUAUCGGCUCUAAAAAAAAAAUCAGUAUCCGUCAAUCCCUACAAAAUAUACAAAUUCCACCUAGUUUUCGUAUAAAAAUACAAACGGUCCAGAAAGCCUGUCACUGUCUUUGACAAAAAUAUGUAAUAAUUGUUUAUAUUGAAGCCCAAAGGUUAUUUUGUACAUUUUAGUUACUGCAGUCAGAUCAUUCCAUCAUCCAAAAUCUAUAUACCGUACAUAUAUAUAUAUAAAUUCCUUGAAUACUUGACCUGCAUGUGCUCUUUUUUUUUUCUAUGUAUGCAUGCGUGUAUUUGUUCACAGACAUCCAGAAUUAAAGUGUUCUGCAAUAACUUUGAUAUUCACACAGUCUCUUUGCUAUGCCGAUAGUUUCUUAUUGCUGUCAGUCCCAUGCUCUCUCUUUGACCUAAUCUGCAUUGAUGAAACUAUAGACGUGGAGCUGUGAUUGAGGUCAGUAACAGGAGCAUUGUAGAAAAGGCUAAACAAGUGUGUGCAAUAUAUUUAGGGCUAUAUAUGUGCAGAAUUUGAAUUUAUCAACCAUGUCCGUUAUAAACCUUGUCAAUUUAUUCAAUAGGAGGGGUUUUUAACUAAAUUGAAAAUUGUCGGGAAUUCAAAAUUAAAUACAAAUUUAAAGGGACACUAAAGGUACCCAAAUCUUUUAAUUCUAAUGAAAUGAUCUAAGUGCAGUUCCUCUGGCUUUUAGCUCUUCAGUCUAAAACAUUGCUGUUUAGUAGAUACAUCAAUGCUUCGAAUGAAGGCUUAAAGGAACACUGUAGACACCCAGACCACUUCAGCUCAUUGAAGUGGUCUGGGUGCAAUGUCCCUUAACCCUGCAAUAGUAAUUAUUGCAGUUAUUGAGAAACUGCAAUAAUUACUAUCCAGGGUUAACUCCACUUCUAGUGGCUGUCUACCUGUCUACUGUUUUACUCGGGAGACUUAGCUGAACUCAAAUAUUAGUGUUUCAAACUGGUAAAUUGUAUUACAACGAUGAUAUUUUAAGUAAAAGUGACGUUUUGUGCAUUUUUUUAUAUUUGUGUUUAGUGAAGUCUCCCGAGAAUAACAGUACCCCCCAUGUACAGGUUUUAUGGUGUUUUGGAAAGUUAGAGAGUCACAUAUAAGGCUUGCAUUUCAUUUUUUGACAUUGAAAUUUGCCAGAUUGGUUAUGUUGCCUUUGAGAGCGUAUGGUAGCCCAGGAAUGAGAAUUACCCCCAUGAUGGCAUACCAUUUGCAAAAGUAGACAACCCGAGGUAUUGCAAGUGGGGUAUGUCCAGUCUUUCUUAGUAGCCACUUAGUCACAAACACAGGACAAAUAUUAGUUUUUUUGCUUUUUUCACACAAAAAUAAAUAUGAACGCUAACUUUGGCCAGUGUUUGUGACUAAGUGGCUACUAAAAAAUAUUAAACAUACCCCACUUUCAAUACCUUUGCUUGUCUACUUUUUCAAAUGGUAUGCCAUUAUGGGAGUAAUUCUCAUUCCUGGGCUACCACACCAUCUCAAAGGUAACAUUACUAAUCUGGCAAAUUUCAAUUUGAAAAUGGAACGUUCUAUAUUUGACCCUGUAACUUUCCAAAACACCAUAAAACCUGUUAAUGGGGGGUACUGUUGUACUCCUGAGACAUCGCUGAUUACAAAUAUGUGCAUUUUUUUGCUGUAAAACCUAACAGUAUUAUAACAUUUUCAGCUAAAAUGUGAGGCGGAACUAUAAAUUUAAAAACUUUUUUUACAUUUCUCACAGUUUUUAAAUUUUAUUCAUAAUAAAUUAUGUUUCAUAGCUAAAUAUUUGAUAUAAAAUGAAAGCCCUGUUUCUCCUGAACAAAAUGAUAUAUAAUAAGUGUGGGUGCAUUUAAUAUGAAAGAGGUGAAUUACGGUUGAACGGACAUAUAGCGCAAAUUCCAGUUUUUGUUUACGUUUUGUUUUGAUCAGAAUGUGCACUAUUGACUCCGUCCUGAAGGGGUAAAUAUUUUUGAAUAUUUAUUUACAGUGUGUGUAUAUAAUGAAUGCAGUGUGUGUGUAGUGUGUAUAUAAUGAAUGCAGAGUGUAUAUGUGUGUAUAUAAUGAAUGCAGAGUGUAUAUGUGUGUGUAGUGUGUGUGUGUUUGUAUGAAUGCAGUGUGUGUGUAUAUAAUGCAGAGUGUGUGUAAACUGGGUGGGGGAGGGCAUUUUUAUUAUUUGUAUUUUUUAUUUAAAUAUUGCAUUUUUUUUUUUUACUUUGUUUUUAGUCCCCCCUCCGUGCUUCAUACUUGGCCAGGGAGGGGGAAAUGUCAAUCACUGGUGGUCCGGUGGCAUGUACUGAGCAGUGGGGACCCACAGAAACCCUUACUUACCUUCCCAGCAGCUCCCUUUAGCUUCCCUGUCUAAAUCUCGCAGUCUGGAGACUUAGACAGGGGAGCUGAAGGGAGCUGCUGGUUAGGUAAGUAAGAGCUUCUGCGCCUCCACUCUCCCCCUAUUGUUUUAUAUUUUUUCAAACAAUUGAAAACUGCAGCCUUGAUUAUCAUCCCCAUCAAAAUUUACAUACCCUUCCUGGUAUCUAUAAUUAUUAGAUACAAAGGAUUUUCUUUAUUGGUUAGAAAGCAUUGUUUUGUUAUAAUGAUAAGAAAUGUAAAAGAUAAAUAAAAUCAAACUAAGUAAAUAUAAGGAUGACAUAAUUGCGUGUGUAUGUAUAUAUCUUAAAUUUUUAAGUCUUAUCCUACUAACUAGGCCUUAAAAUGUACUUGCCAUUGCAAAAUAAAGCAUACUUACCCGGGAUACAUUUUAUGUUUGAGCAGGCCCUUCUUCACUUCUUUCUGUUAAUACAGGGAGUGCAGAAUUAUUAGGCAAGUUGUAUUUUUGAGGAUUAAUUUUAUUAUUGAACAACAACCAUGUUCUCAAUGAACCCAAAAAACUCAUUAAUAUCAAAGCUGAAUAUUUUUGGAAGUAGUUUUUAGUUUGUUUUUAGUUAUAGCUAUGUUAGGGGGAUAUCUGUGUGUGCAGGUGACUAUUACUGUGCAUAAUUAUUAGGCAACUUAACAAAAAACAAAUAUAUACCCAUUUCAAUUAUUUAUUAUUACCAGUGAAACCAAUAUAACAUCUCAACAUUCACAAAUAUACAUUUCUGACAUUCAAAAACAAAACAAAAACAAAUCAGUGACCAAUAUAGCCACCUUUCUUUGCAAGGACACUCAAAAGCCUGCCAUCCAUGGAUUCUGUCAGUGUUUUGAUCUGUUCACCAUCAACAUUGCGUGCAGCAGCAACCACAGCCUCCCAGACACUGUUCAGAGAGGUGUACUGUUUUCCCUCCUUGUAAAUCUCACAUUUGAUGAUGGACCACAGGUUCUCAAUGGGGUUCAGAUCAGGUGAACAAGGAGGCCAUGUCAUUAGAUUUUCUUCUUUUAUACCCUUUCUUGCCAGCCACGCUGUGGAGUACUUGGACGCGUGUGAUGGAGCAUUGUCCUGCAUGAAAAUCAUGUUUUUCUUGAAGGAUGCAGACUUCUUCCUGUACCACUGCUUGAAGAAGGUGUCUUCCAGGAACUGGCAGUAGGACUGGGAGUUGAGCUUGACUCCAUCCUCAACCCGAAAAGGCCCCACAAGCUCAUCUUUGAUGAUACCAGCCCAAACCAGUACUCCACCUCCACCUUGCUGGCGUCUGAGUCGGACUGGAGCUCUCUGCCCUUUACCAAUCCAGCCACGGGCCCAUCCAUCUGGCCCAUCAAGACUCACUCUCAUUUCAUCAGUCCAUAAAACCUUAGAAAAAUCAGUCUUGAGAUAUUUCUUGGCCCAGUCUUGGCGUUUCAGCUUGUGUGUCUUGUUCAGUGGUGGUCGUCUUUCAGCCUUUCUUACCUUGGCCAUGUCUCUGAGUAUUGCACACCUUGUGCUUUUGGGCACUCCAGUGAUGUUGCAGCUCUGAAAUAUGGCCAAACUGGUGGCAAGUGGCAUCGUGGCAGCUGCACGCUUGACUUUUCUCAGUUCAUGGGCAGUUAUUUUGCGCCUUGGUUUUUCCACACGCUUCUUGCGACCCUGAUGACUAUUUUGAAUGAAACGCUUGAUUGUUCGAUGAUCACGCUUCAGAAGCUUUGCAAUUUUAAGAGUGCUGCAUCCCUCUGCAAGAUAUCUCACUAUUUUUGACUUUUCUGAGCCUGUCAAGUCCUUCUUUUGACCCAUUUUGCCAAAGGAAAGGAAGUUGCCUAAUAAUUAUGCACACCUGAUAUAGGGUGUUGAUGUCAUUAGACCACACCCCUUCUCAUUACAGAGAUGCACAUCACCUAAUAUGCUUAAUUGGUAGUAGGCUUUCGAGCCUAUACAGCUUGGAGUAAGACAACAUGCAUAAAGAGGAUGAUGUGGUCAAAAUACUAAUUUGCCUAAUAAUUCUGCACUCCCUGUAUUUGUAUGUCAAUUACUCGUCAUCCCCAUUCUAUAAUUGUAAUGUAAUGCUGCAGAAUAUGUUGGAGUUCUAUAAGUCUAAUAACAAAAAUAAUUAAACACACACAGACUCUACCAUGUGAUAGUGGCACAGAGAAAUUAAUCACAAGAAUUUAUUUAAAAAGUUGAACUAUCCCUCUCCAUAUGUAAUGUGACAUAAUGAAGAACAUGCUGUAAAAAUUACGCAUGCAAUAUUUAUUUAUUUAUAAAAUAUUUUACCAGGAAAGAUACAUUGAGAUUUCUGUCAUUUUCAAGUAUGUCCUGGGUCCACAAAUCAUUGCAUUGUUACAUUAGGGUACAACAAAAUACAAAAACAAUAUUAAUACACAAUAUAUACAAAAUUUAACAUAGAACAGGCAGGAAAUAUAUAAUCAACCAUGACACGUGCAUUCUGUUUUGAGGUAUGUAGAGAGGGAUCUCUUAAAGGACUUUAGGCUUAGGGAAGAUUUAAAAUUGUGCGUGAGGUCGUUCCACAAUUGCGGUGCUCUAUAGGAGGAGGAGGAUCGGGCCGCUUUCUUUUUGUAUUUAGGUAGACUAAGUAAAGUGUUGGUACUGGAUCGGAGCUUAUAGGAAGUGGGAACAGCUGGGGAAAGCAUUUUGUUCAGGUAGGGUGGGAGUUUCCCAGAAAAGCUCUUAAAAACAAAAUAUGUCCCUCACCCUCUAACAAUGAAUGCGCUUGAAAAGAAAAUGUAAUACAUUUAUAAUAGUAGAAAAUUAUAAGGAAUUCGCAAUGUGCAGGACUUGGUAUAUAAAACCUUUGCAUAAAAUAAACAUGUAUUAAUCAAAUUUGAAAUUAUGGAAAAUUGACAAGGGAAUUGCAAAUUGCAUGAUUAUGCUAUUACAUGACGAAAAAGUCAUGAUUUUAUUAAAGACACGGAGGCGAGUAUUGCAUAUCCCUUUCUUUACUGUCCACCAAUAGCAGCAAAGAAUACAAACAGAAUGAAAAAAUAAUGAACAUACAGUAACAUAGGCCCCUCCCUGCUCAGGUCCCAGUAUAAUAGGUAGCACUUCCCUUCCAUUUCCCUCUUUCUGAAGAUGCGACCAUGGUAAAAAUGUCCAAACCAAAAAUUGUGAGAAAGUCCCAAGGUAACAACUUACAACUGAAGAGGGUAGAACAUCAGCAACCGGGAAGCUUGACCAUAGGAUUCAUAGGACCACCGGAUAACAGCGGGGGCAGUCCUCAUAAGUCGGAUGACUGCUUGCCAUCUUGUCGAGUUAGGCUGUGAAAACAUAAAGGAACAGGAGCUGACAGGUUAAAGUCGAUACUUGCAACUAAUUUCAAGGUUAAACCGGUGAGAAAAAACCCACAUAUAUACAGUCCCACAAUAUAAGAGUGAUUUACCAUUAAGUUACAUAAACAUCAUUCUCGCAGCAUGGCCCCACUUACCGUACAAAACCAUUCGAUGUGGUUUGUUGUAGUGUGCAUUAAACCUGGGUGGGAAAAGUAUUAUAACCGUAGAAGAAUAAUAUGGGUGAGACAAUACUCGCCUCCGUGUCUUUAAUAAAAUCAUGACUUUUCGUCAUGUAAUAGCAAAAUCAUGUAAUUUUAUAACAAGACACGGAGGCUCAUAUUGCAAGUUUAAAGCAGGUCCACUACCGCAGCGAAAGUAUGUGGGGCUGGGUGAAAGUAAAAUUCCCGAAACGUAGACUCCCUUGACCAAUCGGCCGUCCUCAUAAUGUCCUCCAGACGCAUGCCUGCAGUCAUCAUCGAAGAGGCUGAGGCCCCCCGGACCGAAUGGGCGCUAAAGACCGUGGUAUCAAUGCCUGCCUGGGACAAUAGCCACUUCACCCAGCGUGACAAGGUUGUGCUAGAAACCGGCUGGAAAGGAGGACGAAAGGAUAAAAAUAGCUGUGGAGAGGGUUGGUGCGAGUUUCGUAUUCGCGUAGGCAGGCCACUGGACAUAAUGCCAGAGAGGUAGGGAAACUAGGUUAGGAUACCGAUUUGAUAGAAGUCUUAGUCCGCGACCUGGUGGAGACCCGUCCGGGGUAUAUGACCUGGUGUCGAAAUCCAGAACUCUGACAUCCGAGACCCUCUUGCAUGAGACAAGGCAGAGCAGGCAAACCAACUUGGCAGAUAGUUGUUUUAAGGAGAGCCCUGAAUUAGUGGACCAGAAUGAGAGGAAGGCCAACACAACGGAGACGUCCCAGGUCGUGGAGUAGCGAGGCCUGGGUGGUCAGGAGAAUCGAGAGCCCUUGAGGAGUCGGCACACUAAGGGAUGCUGUCCCGCGGGACAUCCGUCGAAGCCUUGGUCAAUCGCCGAGAUGGCAGACCGGUAAAGGUUGAUAGUCCUGUAAGCCUUCCCAGCCUCGAAGAGGGACGUCAGAAAUUGCAGGACCAUGGUUACAGAGGCCGAAACGGGAUCUGCGUUCCUAGCCAUGCGCCAGCUAGCCCAAGCUCGCCAAGCUGAUCCAUUUGCCCGUCUAGUGCCGGGAGCCCAUGCCUCCGCCAACAGUCGUCUAGUCAUGUCCGAAACUCCUUGGAUCUCCCAGGGUCCCCUGAGAUCCGCCAUGCCAGGAGUGGGAGGGAGCCUUCCAACCGGAGGGGGUGACAUCGUCCCAUCGGCACUCUGCACUCUGGCAGUAGUCGGGGAUGGUCCAUCGUCAUCUCGAGCAUUUGGGGGAACCACGACUGUGUUUCCCAAAAGAGGGUCACCAUGUUUCGUAUUCUGGUCUCCAUAUUGCUCUCUGGGCCCAACCACGUAGGUCUUUGGGGUCAACCAUGCGGUUCUCCGCUCUGGCGUCUUCCGCCAAGUCAAAUAAUUUGGCCGGGGGGCCGAAUAUGUCCAGGUGUUAAUCCUGGCAGGACUUUAAUCCUCUACCCGGGAUCAUGGAGAACGGGGGAAAAGCAUUAGGAGGCCUCUGCUCCAGUCUCGCAGGAAGGCGUCCACUGCCUCCGCCGCUGGAUCUGGCCUCCGCUCUGGAGAACGGGGGAAAAGCAUUAGGAGGCCUCUGCUCCAGUCUCGCAGGAAGGCGUCCACUGCCUCCGCCACUGGAUCUGGCCUCCGCUCUGGCGUCUUCCACCAAGUCAAAUAAUUUGGCCGGGGGGCCGAAUAUGUCCAGGUGUUAAUCCUGGCAGGACUUUAAUCCUCUACCCGGGAUCAUGGAGAACGGGGGAAAAGCAUUAGGAGGCCUCUGCUCCAGUCUCGCAGGAAGGCGUCCACUGCCUCCGCCGCUGGAUCUGGCCUCCAGCCGAAGAAGCGUGACAGUUGGGCGUUGAGCCGGGAAGAGAAAAGGUCGAUGGCAAAUUGUACCCAAAGAGACGAUAUACUGGAGAACACUUCCUUGGCCAAUCUCCAGUUGCUGAUGUCUGAAAGAUACCUUGAUCCCCAGUCCGCCUGAACGUUGUGCAGGCCAGGUAAGUAUUCUGCGUAGACCAUCAGGUUCUGUUCCAGGCAAAAUUCCCAAAAGUCUUUCGCCAAUCUGGCCAAGAUUGCCGCCCAGGUGGUUGACAUAUCUCACCGCCGAGACGUUGUCCAUGCGGAGCCAAAUGCAUGUUAGGGCUCGGUCCCUGGCAAAACUGCGGAUGGCGAAGGAGCCUGCCAGGAGUUCCAGUGCGUUGAUGUGCAGCCGGGAUUCGGAUUCCGACCAACGGCCUCCUGUUGAAACUUCCUUGCAGUGGGCCCCCCAGCCGUGGAGACUCGCAUCUGAGUCGAUCGUGAAUUCUGGCAUUGAGCCGAAGAUGGCUUUGCCGUUCCAUGCGGACAGGUUGAGAAUCCACCAUCGCAAUUCGUCCUUCGUCUCGCUGUCCAGUGACACCAGGUCCACGUAGGAUGCACCGGCUCUCAGGUGAGCGAUCUUCAGGCGUUGUAGCGCUCGGUAGUGGAGCGGGCCCGGAAACAUUGCCUGUAUCCAGUAGGCCGAUGAGUCGUGCAAGCUGGCGCAAGGUGAGCUGGGGCCAGAUGAGGGCCCUGCGUAACUCCUUGCAGAUUGAACGAAUCUUGGAAAUCGGGAGGCUCAGCGUCGCCUCCCCCGAAUCCACAAGGAAUCCUAGGAAUUCCAUGUGAGUGGCUGGGGUUAGGCACGACUUUUUCCAGUUGAUAAUGAAACCUAAGCGGAAAGGAGGCUUAUGGCCAGCCGUAGAUGUGUAAGGAGGGUAGAACGCUCUUGAGCCAUGAGGAGAAUGUCGUCUAGGUAAACGAUUAGCCGAACUCCUCAACUGCGUAACCAGACCAUCACAGGCCGUAGUAGCUUCGUGAAGCACCACGGUGCUGAGGAGAGGUCGAAGGGUAGGCAGGUAAACCGCUAAGUCUCGUGCCGCCAGUGAAAGCGUAGGAGGUCUCGAGAUGCCACCGCGAUCGGUACCGUCAGGUACGCAUCUUUGAGAUCUAGCUUCGCUAGCCAAUCUCUGUGGAGCAGAAGAUCCCUUAGUAGGUGAAUACCUUCCAUCUUGAAGUGGCGGUACCUGACUAUGGCAUUGAGGGCGCGCAGAUUUAUGACGGGUCUCAAUUGACCGCCUUUCUUUUCCACCAGGAAAAUGUUGCUUAUGACACCUGCGGGAUUGGGAGGUGCUCGUUCUAUAGCCCCUUUGAUAAGAAGGGUGGAGAUUUCCUCGUCGAUCCGUCUGCGAUCCUGGAGCGAAAAGCAGAUCGGUCGAGGAGGGGGAAUGUGUAUCAGAUGUUCUAUGAGUUCUAUGUGGAAGCCCCGGAUAGUGGUCAGCACCCAGGGGUCUGAUGUUAUUUGUGACCAGGCUGGGAAAAAACUUGGAGUCUGCCCCCUACACAAACCAGAGAAGAAGUAUGAGGUAUGAGGUAACUCAUCGUAUGGUCGUCUGGAACUUGAGUUGCCCAGAAAACCUCUGGAUCGCCAUGGAUAUCCGCGUGACGGGAAGAAUGUGGGACAGGUGUUAGAUUCCUGGUACUGCGUACGGUGUUAGAAGGAGCCUCUUCCCGUGCCACGGGAUUGGGGGUAAUUAUGGCCGGACAGACGGCUCCUGAAUCUGCCGGCCCUGGUGGAGACCCGCCGCUGGAAAACCCGUCUCAUGGAGGCCUGGGCCUUAUCGAGGGAUGUGAAUGCUCCAACAAAACGCCCUAAAUCCUUAAUAAAGGAGUCUCCAAAGAGUAAUCCUUGGGCGUCCUUGCCAGCCUCUGCGAGGGCGAGGUUGGCCAGUUUGGGCUCUAUUUUAAAUAGGAUGGUCUUUCGCCGUUCUAUUGAUAGGGAGGUAUUCACACUCCCGGCAAUACAUAUUGCUCUCUGGACCCAACCACGUAGGUCUUUGGGGUCAACCAUGCGGUUCUCCGCUCUGGCGUCUUCCGCCAAGUCAAAUAAUUUGGCCGGGGGGCCGAAUAUGUCCAGGUGUUAAUCCUGGCAGGACUUUAAUGCAGAUUCCAGCCCCUUACGGGGGUUCCAGCCCAAUUUAGUGAGAAACUGGGUCAUCUUGGGAUCUACCUCAGGAGUGUCGCAAACUUUAUUGGGCACCACAGGCCUAGGACACUCCGCCCUCAAUUUGUUGCGGGCCGCUUUACUCAGGAGUCGUCUGACCCAGUUCUCUAGAUAUGUGGCAACAUGGUCGGCCGGGAGCCCCUCUGUCGAUCUCGGAUGGUGUAGGUCAUCCGGGUCGAAGAGUGGGACACCCGACGGAUCCACCAGGGUGGACCCCGCGGCCGCGGGGUUCCUAAUCCCUGUAUCACCUCCGGGCAUCUCUGCUUGAGCAGAGGAAAGCAGGUCAAAGCCUGUAUCAGCGGCAUCCGCAUCAGAGUCACUGUCCGACUCAGUCUUAGCCUCCUCAUUUGACCUGAUUUCUGAGUCGGAGUCGCUCUCUAACUGUGCUCAGGCACAUUUCCAUAGCCGCACCCGUUCUGCCUGGCGUUGAAAGGCUCUUUUGCGUGGAUGGGGCACACUUUCUGGGGCGACCGUAGGUAUGCCAGUCAUGGUGUUUCUGGAGGCAGAUGGAUGUUUAGACUUAUGGAUAGCCUUUUUAUAUAUCUAUCCCUGUGGGUUCACAAUGGGAAGCGUUAGGGGCGUCGUGGAGCCCGAGUAUUGCUCGUCCGAAGGAUGUGGCAGGAGGGCCUGUGAAAUGGUGUGGGAGAGGGUAGAGGACAUAGACCCCAUGGCCGCCAUAAUAGCGUCUGUCACUGAGCGCUGUAGCGCUAAGAACUGUGCGCCAUCAAGGUGGGUAGUUCCAUCUGUCAUAGUGGGCGAGUUGCCUGGGGUGACAGGGGCCUCACUCAUAUUGAGUGGGGUAUAAACUCCCCAGAGGGAGUGGAACCAAAAGAUAGUCUGGGUUUAGGCAUGGUAGAAUAGCCAGAGAAUAAUCCCUAGUAAGUAGAAGGAAUAGUAUGGGUUAGUCACCCAAACAGCAAUAGCCAAACAAAAAACGAUCUCACCAGGGCCCAGACCAGUGGCACACUCAGAUGCAGGGUAGGAAAGAAGACAGGAAGUCAGAAAAUGGCCGCCAGUAAUCUAGCGGGAUUUGCGGCAAAAAAACGAACGUUCGGUAGGUAAAAGGUGAAUUCGGGAACCAGAUAGGUAAGUAUAAGGAAAAACGUAGAGUAGGCGAACGGGCCGUUUGCAUGAAAAAGUCGAAUACGGCAAACAGGCGAACGCGCUGUCUGUCGAAUUGUGAAUGGUAUGUAUGCGUGGCGAAUCAGCCGAAUGGGCUUAAUUUGUGCGCAUACACAGCCGGGUAGGGGAGAAAACGUGCGCACAAUGGCGCUGAGGUGCAGGGAGGACAGAAGGAGAGGAAGGAUUAGAGUACAGCAGAAUAGAGUGACAGGGAAGGUCUGGACCCUGGGUAAGUGUGAGAAACAAAACACACAGAAGCCAAUGUAGAGGAUAAAAGACAUCCAAAAUAAAAUCAAUACAAUAUAAAAAUUACAUGAGUAUAAUACUAGACAUGAAAAAUAAAUAUAAAAUAAUACAGUAUACUACCAGUUACCAGUAAGUAACUGUAUAAUAAAAAAUCAAUGAGAUGAGAGAAAACAAUACAAUAGAAUAAUAUCAAGAGGAGAAAAGGUGAGUCGGAGCAGCAAAGAAAGAGGGAAAUGGAAGGGAAGUGCUGCCUAUUAUACUGGGACCUGAGCGGGGAGAGGCCUAUGUUACUGCAUGUUCAUUAUUUUUUGCUGCUAUUGGUGGACAGUAAAGAAAGGGAUAUGCAAUAUGAGCCUCCGUGUCUUGUUAUAAAAUUAUAUGUUACCGUGAAGAAAGAAGGUAUGCUUUGUUUAUUUGCAAUAUAAAUCCCUAAAGAGGUAUGUCACAGUGGCUGAAUUAAAUUUGUAAUUCCCCUGGCAGUUGAUCAGAAUUCCCUCUUUUAAAUAUUAAACCUGGAUGUAUUCCAUCAUGAUGAUUUCAGAAGAGGCUGAUUAGGCUGCUGCAAGAAGACUGUUUUUCAUUUUUUUUAAUUAUUUUCUUUUUUAAAGGUCGAGCAUCAGUAAAACUAAAUAUAUAUUUAUUUUUAACCUUAGAGUGGUCUUUUAAAUGACAUAUAAAGUAUACACUUAAAGGACCACUAUAGUGCCAGGAAAACAUACCGUAUAUACUCGAGUAUAAGCCGAGUUUUUCGGCAUAUUUUUUGUGCUGAAAAACCCCAACUCGGCUUAUACGCGAGUCACUGUCUGUAUUAUGGCAAUUUACAUUGCCAUAAUACAGACUGGGGGCUGGCAGAGCUGUUACUUACCUCUCCUGCAGCUCCUGUCAGCUCUCUCCUCCUCCGCGCCGGUCCGUGCAGCUCUUCUCUCAGCUCACACUGUAAGUCUCGCGAGAGCCGCACUAUGACCCCGCGGCUUACGCGAGACUAACACUAGGAGCUGACCGAGGUGCUGACCGGACCGGCGCGGAUUCGGCUUAUAUUCGGGUCGGCUUAUACUCGAGUAUAUACGGUACUCCUUUUCCUGGCACUAUAGUGCCCUGAAGGUGCCCUCACCCUCAGGGUCCCACUCCCGCCAGGCUGAAGGGGGAGGAAGGAGUUAAUCCCUUACCUUUUUUUACAGCGCCGGGGCUCCCUCCCUCUUCUGACGUCCCUGGCUGAAUGCGCAUGCGAGGCAAGAGCCGUGUGCGCAUUCAGCCAGUCCAUAGGAAAGCAUUCUCAAUGCUUUCCUAUGGACGCUGGCGUCUUCUCACUGUGAAAAUCACAGUGAGGAGCGCGGAAGCGCCUCUAGCGGCUGUCAAUGAGACAGCCACUAGAGGCUGGAUUAACCGAUAGGUAAACAUAGCAGUUUCUAUGAAACUGCUAUGUUUACAGCAAAAAGGGUUAAACCUAGCUGGACCUGGCAUCCAGACCACUUCAUUAAGCUGAAGUGGUCUGGGUGCCUAUAGUGGUCCUUUAAGUCAAAAUUGUAACUACCUCGAGUGUUACUAAAGUAGUUGAGUUCAGAAAGUGAUAAAAUACUCCCUAUUAAUUUACACGAAUACUCCCAAGAACUGCAUCCAUUAUGCUUUAUUGUAGAAAUUAUGGUGCAAGGAAGCUAUGGGUGCAGCCCCUUUGGUUUAUGGUUUUACACAGCUUACAGCUUUUACUGGCACAUAAAACAAACUCCUCUUAUUUGUUAUUUAGAGUGUCUGUCUCAAUUCGGCAGUGUCAAACAUACACUCUCAGCACCAUAACAACAACAUCUCAAUGAAGUGGUCAUGGUGCCAAGAGAUUUAAGAAAGAUACCACACAGUUUUGUGAGUAGGAAAGUAGUAAUAGGCUGAGAGCAUCAAUGGUACCUACUCCAGAGUCAGAGGCCUCUGGCAUUGCCGGAAGCUAGGACGACAAGCUACACAACUUUAUGGUUUUACCGUUUGUAAAUGGUUGACCCCUUAAGGAAAGAUGGCGCCUAGGACCUGGCACCAUGACAACUUAAUUAAGAUUAAGUUAUGAUGCCCGCUGUGUUCUUCUAAGGGUGAUUAGGUAAAUCCUAGUCCUGCUAAAGUCCUAAGCGAAACGUUAACUUAUUGUUAACUUAUAUUUACUUUGCAGCACUAAGUCUGCCUCUAGUUGCUGUCUACCAGACAGCCACUGGGGGCACUUCCGGAAUAGUAACAGACUUUUGGUCCGUUAUCUGACGAUGGAUGUCCUCACGGUCAGCAUGAGAACCUCCAGCAUCAGAUUUUCCCCCAUAGGAAAGCAUUGAUUUAAUGCUUUACUAUGGGGAGGUAUAAUACGCGCACAGCAUUUGCUGCGCAUGCGCAUUAGACCCCUCUCGUCGCGGGAUGUCGGAGGGGGCGGAGCUUGGACCCAGGGACAUCGGCGCUGGCAUAAGGUAAGUAAAUAAAGGGGUUUUCAGGACUCAGAGCUACCAAGUCUUGCAGCCAAAUCCAUAUGCAGAGGUAGCACUUCUGAAGAUCCACUCAAGAAUACUUGUCUUACUGCUGUUAUUUAUCUAUUUCUUAUUAUUCAAUAUAUCCAUCUUUCUCUCCCUAUAGUAUUGCUGUUUAGUUGAAAACUAUUGUACCUUCCAUGAUCAAAUUUUGCUUUGUUAAAUAUUUAUGUUAUAUUAGAGUUAGGGCAAUUAUAGUCUUCAUUUAUGUUCACCAUUUAUGACUUUUACCUAUUUGAUCUCUCCCAUUCACUUAUAUAUCUUGAAAUCUCAAAUAUUUCUGCUUUCUUACUUGAUUGAUUUUUCUCACCUCAAAAUCUGCAUGCCUCUCCACCCAUAAUUGCCGUUUGUUCUAACCCUUGACUCUUUCUUACAGCCUGUGCCCAAAUAGCAAGUGUUUACUCAUGAUUUAGAGCUACCAAGUCUUGCAGCUAAAGCCAUAUGCCGAGGUUGCACUUCUGAAGAUCAAUACUCACCCAUCCCAUCUCCCAUUCACCCACCCUAUCGCCCAUCCACUCCAGGGUACUCACUACAUUUUAUAGCUAGUUCUAAUGGCCUGUCUUGCAAACUCACCAGUUAUGUAUAACGACCUCUUUUCACCUGCUUAAAUUCCACACCGCUUUUAACCCUUCAUCCCUCCAUUGUCUCGUAUGGUUUUAAUUUUUACACUGUUCUUUUGUAAUCCUCCUCCUAUCUCAACGUUCAUUCAGUGUGUCCUUUUCUAAUGACACUUGCUCCACUCUUUCUGUCUCGGUUGGAGCACCCCAAGGCUCUGUUUGGGGUCCCCUUUUGUUAUUUGUUUCUAUUGCCUCUCUUGACAAACAUAUUGAUUCCUUUAGAUUCCGCUACCAUCUGUAUGCUGAUGGCAGACAGGUAUAUCUUUCCUCCCAUGAUCUCUCCCUCUCUUUCCUAGAACCUAUCACAGCUUGCCUUUCUGCCAUCUCUGACUGAAUGUCCUCCCACUUCCUGAAACUCAAUCUCCCUAAAACUGAGCUUGUUAUUUUCCUCAUAAUACUGAUCCUUCUCUUUUGAUCUCCCUGCUAGUUGAUGGUACCCGCAUCAGCCUGUCCUAGAAAGUUAGCUGUCUUGGUGUUAUCUUUGAUUCUGCCCUCACCUUUGCACUUAACAUCCAGUCUGUUGCCAAAUCCUGCCAUUUCCACCUUAAAAACAUUGCCAAACAUUGCCUUUCUUACACAAGAUGCUGCUAAGGAGCUUGUUCUUGCCCUAGUAACCAUUUUGCAUUGAUUACUGUAAUUCUCUCCUAUUUGGUCACCCCAGAAACUGUACUGUCUUGCUAUAGUCUGUAAUUGUAGAAUAUUGCAUAUUCUAUGUUUCUAUUGAUUAUAUAUGGAUGCGUGGAUUGACAUAAGUAACAGAUGGUAUAAGUCACAAAGCUUUCUUUAUCCGAGAGCUCUGGAAUGUGGAUUUGGGGUUUUUGUCCUUAUAUGGCUAGAGUUAAACGCUGACGUUAGUAUGAGCACAUCUAUAUAGUAACAGAGGAACACAAGGUCUCUCUCGGCUCUCUCUGGUUCUCUCUCGAUGUAAAGAUGUAAGGAUGUAAAGAAGUCCAGCAAUUACCAUCUGCUGUUGAAUGUCCAUUAUCCUGUAACAUCCUUUGUUGUUUUAUUAUGUAUCCGUAACUAAGAAUAAACCUGAAGAAACCGUAAGUCAGAUGGCGUAUUAGUACUCUUCGAUAAUAUAGACAUAUAUUAUUGUGGCGAGCAUUUGGCCCAAGACUAUAUAUACAAAAGACGUAUAUAUAUCAAUCAAAUGAAGACAAGAAGAAAUUAAGAAGAUUCAACAUUAAGGAUCCUAACCAGAUUUUACAGUAAUGAAAGCUAUUGCCAGGCUCACUUUUCUCUCCUGUAACUUCUCUCACACCUCGCCUGUCUGUUAAUCCUUACAUUGGCUUCCUGUACCCUAUAGGAGUCAAUUAAAAUUACUAACCCUUACCUAUGAAGUUUUAAACAACUCUAGCGCUUGUUAUAUUUCUUCACUAAUUCGUAGGUAUGCCCUUUAAGGUCUGUCUGUUCUUCCGGUGACCUUCUCCUUUCCGCAACUCAUAAACCUACUGCUAACUCACGCUUGCUGGACUUCUCAAGGUUGGCUUUGUUCCUGUGGAACUGCCUAUCUUCUCCAAUUAGAGACUCCCCUAGACUUCAGUCAUUUAAGAAGUACCUCAAAACCUGUCUCUUGAGAAAAGCCUAUGAUCUCCCAGAGUAACUUUUGUUUCAUAAACCCGUUUCUUACUCUCUCUUAAAGAGCUACACACCACUCUCACCUUCCAGUUCUGCUGCUUUUCCUUGUUUACAUUGUUGCUUGGUUGCUAUCCCCUGUUCUGCCCUUCCUUUUAUGUUUUUUAUAUCCCACCUUCUCUAGAUUGUAAGCCCGUUUGAGCAGGGUCCACAUCAAUCUAUUGUUCCUGUAACAUUUUGUAAUUAUCUUCUGUAUUGUUACAUAUUGUAAAGCCUUGCAGAAUGAGUUGGAGCUAUAAAAAUGCCAAUAAUAUUAAUUAUUAUUUCAUAAAAUAUGUGAAGAUAAAAGAAUAAUAAAAAUUGUGAAGUAUGCCUGAAGAAUUAUCAGUGCCCCCAUAAUACACUUGAAAAAAUUUACUAUAAUUAGUAAUGUUCUAAAAGUGGAGCAGUCAGCAGGAGCCUACCAUUUUUUUCCUUGGAGAUUGAUCCACAUUUAGAACUUUUCUACAUAAUUAUUUUUAAUACCUAGAGCCCAUAUAUUUAAAUCAACCUACAGCAGUCACUUGUAUGUGCCACUCCAUGCUGAUUGAUUUGUUUGUGUCGGUGUGUAUAUAAAUACAGUGCUGCAGAAUCUGAGGGCGCUUUAUAAAAAAAUAAUAAUAAUAAAAAUGUAUCCUGUUAUGUAGUAUUAUAAAUUUCAGUAGCUCUUUUUUUGCCAACAGGUUUUACAAACAGGGAACAGCAGUGUGAUUGUUGGAAGACUGCACUGAUCUCACCAUCUGACUGCAACUUCCCUCUUUCAUUACAAUUAAAGUGCAUACAAGUCUAUGAUGGCAGGCCCUGUUACUCCUACGGUAUAGUACAAUUAUUGUGUAUUUAUUGUUGUAUUCCAUCUAGGUUGAUCUGUUCCACUUGAGGAACAUUACAAUGUGACCACUGUGGAAAAUUAAAGGAGCUUGUCUGAACAGGUAUUGUUUAUCUCCCAAAAAUCAUAAUAUUGAGUAAAAAAACAAAAAAACUCUAAUGCAGUGGGUAUCCAAGCAUUUUUAAAACAUUUAAUUUUGUAAUAUAAAAUUUAAGCAAAUAGAAAGGAACAUGCUGGGCACCAUAACAUGUUGAUAUCCUUGGAGGUCCUGAGCGGUCUUACCUUAAUGGUUACUCCAAGCACAAUGACCAGCUUUUGGUUUCUGUCUCUCUCCAAAAGCUGGAAGUGUGUCAUCAUUAUUUCUCCCAUUACCUGAGAGCUGGGCCAAUGUACUCCUGGCAUUAACAUUACAGUGGGCGUGCGCAAUAGCCUCCCAACACUUACCUAGGGGAAAGCAUUGGAUUGGUUGAGAUCAUCAACAUUGAUGAUCUCAGCCAUCGAGUUUGGGUCAGCUGCUACAAAUUGGACACGGCGUGGGUGAAAAGGUUUUUAAACCUUUAUUGUCCGUGGAGAUAGGGAGGGGCAGCACCAUAGUGUCAGGAAUACAUGCAUGUAUUCCUGACACUAUAGUGUUCCUUUAAAUUACUUUCUUUGCUCUCAAGAAGAAGAAUACAAUUAUGGCAUCCAAAUAGAAUAAUUAUUGGGCCUGUAUCCAAAUUGAAUAAUUCUGGGGACAAUUUCUAGAAGUUUAGCAAUCCACAGGAAUAUUCCAUUGGUUCCAAUGUUCUCUAUUACACUAUUAAAAUGUUUCCCCAAAACAUCCCAUGAGGUAUCUUGGAUUUUUUUCCCCACCACAGGUUUAGGGUUAGUCUGCCUCUUCCAGACAAAAUCUGAUUACUUCUCAUGGAAAAAAAAACCUUGAAGUAAAGAGAACAUUUAUAUCACCUUUAUAACAUCUUUGCUGCACUGCUUUAUAUGAUGACUCAUGCUACAGUUUGGUUUAUACAUUUUUACUUCAUUAAGUGAAUUAUGUUUACUGCCUAAGUUGUGUUAAAACACACUGUAGACACUUUAACUGAUUCAUCUAAUUAAAAUGGUAAUAGUGUCUGGAGGCCUUACUUGCCAAAUAAAAACAUUUUUAAUGUUUUAAUGCUAAUCAAGAUUCAGUAGCAACCCAUCCCCUCUGCUGCUUGGGCUAAUGAGGAAGCAUUAGCUUAAGCUGCAACGGGCAACUGUGAUUGGCCGAGAAUGUUAACAGACUGCAUUCAGCUUGUCAAAGUGCCUUUGCAGUUAUUAAUCGGUAUGGCUACGAGGAAGUGUGCAAUGUCUGCCUUAGCCAUUUCUCCAUCUGUAAUAGGGCUAUGGGAAGCCAAGGACUGUCCUUCGGUGUUAAAAUGAUUCCAAAUGAUUUAACACUGAAUGUAGGGACAGUGGCUAGGGACUCCUGGCACUAUAACCAAUUCAAUUAGAUUAAAUGGUUAUAGUGCCAACAGUGUCCCUUUAAUGUGCAUAACACCCAUUGUACAGCGCUACGGAAUUUGCUGGCUCUAUAUAAAUAAUAAAAUAAUAAUAAUAAUUUUAACUUGUUCCAGCCUUGACAAGUACAUAAGUAAAAAAAUAAAAGAAACAAAAAAACAGACUAGCUGUUUAAUAAGGCUCAAGUGCUGCAACUUUCUGUUUUUUAAUGUUUUUUUUUUUUUUUUCUACUUUUUGUGUUUCAGGUAAUAUUUCGCGAUGUUGCUGUUUAUUUUUCUGAGAAGGAAUGGGAACUUCUAGAAAAAUGGCAGAGAGACUUGUACACUGGCGUGAUAAAAGAAAUUCAUGGAAUCCUGAUCUCACUGGGUAUAGUACACUUAGAUUUGUGAAACUGUAAUUGAAAAAAACUUUCCACUAUGUGCUAAAAUAUGCAACAAAUUUUACAGUAAAGGGACCGAUGAAUGCUUUUGAUGUGCAUAAUACUCUCCUGAAUAGCAAAGUAUUUGCCAAUAUUUAAAUAUAACCUAUAUUUUCCAAGCAGCAACCUAUGGACCAUGAAAUCCAAUUAUCUAUUUUUUUGGUUUGUUUAUUUAUAGAAAUAAAAUUAACCAACCGCUCUCAUUCCAUCAGUCCCAGCAUUCUAACUACAGAUUUCAGUGUGUCAUUAGCCCUCUAAUUUUAUUUAAAAGUACGCUUUUUAUAGUUCACUCCACCAAGAUAACAUACACUACUAAUGGCUAACAUUUGUAAUCUAAGCUAUGUUUCCCUAACAAGUGUGAUUAUCAACAGGUUGCGAACCAUUGAUUCUUUAGCAUUCUUUAAUGUGCAGAGAUAUCAAAAAGUGCUUAAGUUCAGGAUUUUUUAAUUACAGGGCUUAAAAUUUCAAUUUGUAUCCUACAGACAUUAAAAGUUACUCACCACUCAAAGCCUGGUGGAUUUCUACUCGCCAAAACUACAUUUUCUUUUGCUUGUGGCGAGCGGAAAUUUUGAGCCCCUUUGGUAUGUGUAUAUAUAUCCCAGGACAGUUGACAUGGCCGUUUGAAAUCUGGAAAAUACGCAAGCAACCCACAGGGAAGUACACAAGUAACAAAACACCAAAUAUAAUGCAAAAACAUAUAUUUAAAAGAGCACUAACAAAUUAAUGAAAAACAUUAGGCAGUGCCCGCUGGAAUCGAUCUUUUUCCCAUUGGGGGUAAGGAAACUUACCGUAUAUACUCGAGUACAAGCCGAGUUUUUCUUAUACUCGAGUCAGUCUGUAUUAUGGCAAUUUACAUUGCCAUAAUACAGACCAGGACCGCCGGGCUCAUUACAAGCCCGGCGGUCCUGUUGGGGGCUGACAGCGAGCUCUUACUUACCUUCCUGCAGCUCCUGUCAACUCCCUCCUCCUUCUCCGUGCAACUCCUCUGUCAGCUCUGUUCUGCUCACAGUGUAAGGGCUCUCGCGAGACUUACACUGUAAACAGAACUGAGCUGACCGAGGAUCUGCACGGAGGAGGAGGGAGCUGACAGGAGCUGCAGGAAGGUAAGUAAGAGCUCACUGCCAGCCCCCCCACUGAACUGCCAAUGCCACUGGACCUCCAGGGAUUUAAUAUUAUUUUAUUUUAAUAAUAAAAUAAUAUUAUUAAAAUAAUAUUAUAUUAUUAUUUUAAUAUUUGCAUUAUUUUUUUUAAAUGUUUUUGUGUCCCCCCUCCCUGCUUGUUGCCUGGCCAGGGAGGGGGGACAAAAAACAUUUUUUUGAAAAAAAUGCAAAUAUUAUAAUAAUAAUAAUAAAAUAAUAUUAUUAUUAUUUUAAUAUUAUAUUAUUUUAAUAUUAUUUUAUUAUUAUAUUAUUAUUAUUUUAAUAUUUGCAUUAUUUUUUUUAAAUGUUUUUUUGUCCCCCCUCCCUGCUUGUUGCCUGGCCAGGGAGGAGGGACAAAAAACUUUUUAAAAAAAUAAUGCAAAUAUUAAAUUAAUAAUAAUAUAAUAAUGAAAUAAUAUAAUAUUAAAAUAAUAUUAUUUUAAUAUUAUUUUAUUAUUAUAUUAUUAUUUUAAUAUUUGCAUUAUUUUUUUUAAAUGUUUUUUGUCCCCCCUCCCUGGCCCGGCAACAAGCAGGGAGGGGGGACAAAAAACCAUUAAAAAAAAUUAUGCAAAUAUUAAAAUAAUAAUAUAAUAAUAUUAUUAUUUUAAUAUUAUAUUUUAAUAUUAUUUUAUUAUUAUAUUAUUAUUUUAAUAUUUGAAUUAUUUUUUUAAAAAUGAUUUUUUGUCCCCCCUCCCUGAGCAGGCAACAAGCAGGGAGAGGGGACAAUAAUGAAAAUAUUAAAAUAAUAAUAAUAUUAUUAAAAUAAUAAUAUAAUAAUAUUAAAAUAAUAUAAAAUUACAAAAUUAAAAUAAAAAUGCCCUCCUCUCAUCCAGUUUACAUACACUGCAUGAACACACACACUGCAUUAUAUACACACACAACACACACACACUGCAUUCAUUAUAUAUACACACACAAACACACACUCUGCAUUCAUUCUAUACACACACUGUAAAUAAAUAUUCAAUUAAUGUAAUUUUAUUGGGAUCUAAUUUAAUUUAGAAAUUUACCAGUAGCUGCUGCAUUUUCCACCCUAGGCUUAUACUCGAGUCAAUAAGUUUUCCCAGGUUUUUGUGGUAAAAUUAGGGGCCUCGGCUUAUAUUCUGGUCGGCUUAUACUCGAGUAUCUACGGUAUCUUGGACCACUGCCUACAAAAUCUUGUUUGCUUGCUUCAGUGAAGUGUAUUUGGAUUAUGGAGGCUGAGUACAAACGUAUGAAGUACAGAGAAUGCUUUGCUGACAUCAAGAUGUUGAUGUCUAAGGAAUGUUUUUAGACAUUCAUUAGUCACCUGGUAAAGGUUUUUGAAUACAAAUGUAUUCCUAACGCUAUGGUGUUCUCCUACCUAUUUAGAUUCAGGGGCCCCAUAACUACAAAAAAAAAAGGGUUUUACUUACCUUUUUUUUUGCAGUCACGCUCCUCCUCCUGUGUUGUCACCCCGCAGGUGUCGCUUCUUCAAUUUCUCAUCCAUUCGGAGCACAUCCUGCUCAUCCAAUCAUAUGCUCUCUAUGACAGAGAAGAUGACAUGUGAGAACGGAGUCUGUGCAGGUGUGUUCAGCCCAGCAAUGGAAACAUUGCUGAAUCUACUAAACAGCAGUGUUUUGCAUUGUAAAGCUAAAAUGGCAGGGGCACUAAGAUGAAGUGGUCUGGGUGCCUAUAGUGUCACUGAGGACUGGAUGAUUGCUGCUGCAAUCCACCAGCUGAGAAUAGCUGUUGAAAACAUCUGCCUCUUUUUCAGCCCACAAGGAAUGAGUUUAAAGCUUAGCUUCUCUUGAUGUAUACCUGACUAAGCCCAACUCAUUCCAACCUAAAUUAUUCUAAUUCCAUGUCCUGCCACCAUGGCUGCUGCAAUAAUGUAAUAAUUCAUGUGAAAAGAGGUGUUCAGACAAAAUGCAGGGAUUCUUCUCAUAUUACCUUGCCUUUUAUAUAAACAUUUUGUGUACACACCAUAACUGUUGUGACCCCAUAUGCACCAUGAGAGACAAUGUUAAUAUGACCAAUAUCUUUGAUUAAAGUAUAUAGCUGAAAAAUCUCUUUAGCCCGAUCCACACAUUUAAUGGAUGGUUGAUUUGUAAUGAGUCAAUAGAGCUUUUGUUUGACAAAAAUGUAAGAAGGUCAUCAAAUCCCUGGGUAGAAUAUUCAUGGCUGGAUCCUGAAAGGAGAAGCAUGUCAAAGUCAUCAACUGCCUCUUGUAAUCCAGGUUUCUGAGGUGCAUUGCUGGUGGUGGUGAUUGUUUUGGAGCAUCUGGAUACUGCAUUAGUAUUGGUAACAGGUAUUCCUUUAACAUCAUUGGUUGUCAUAAGGACACUGGCACCUUUGGUCUUGGUAUUUGUCUUUGCAUGUUUCCUCUUCCUUGAUACAUUUUUACACCUCUUAUAAUGUGUAUAGAUUGGAUAUAUGUAAUGAUAAUUGUUCUGAUAUUUCUUUAUAGGAAAAAAAAACCUUUGUUAGGUCUAAAGAUAUAUUGGUUAUUGGAAUCAACAAAAUAUUUAUGGCAAUUCCUACAUUGGUAUUAAAAUAAUUUUGUCCUGGUAUAAUUUCCUUAAAAGUUAAGAUUGUUCUUUUAUGCAAAAUCUCUCUAAAUCUUUUUGGUAUAGUUGAUAAUUGAAAACAGGUACAAAUGAAUUUAUUCUUGUUUCCUUGCCCUGUGAGGGAGAAAAUAAAUUAUUCUCCAAGUUACAAUUAGUAAAAAUAUAAUAAUUAUAGUUAUCAUUAUUGGUUUCAAAUACCCAAAAAUGCAAAAUCCUGUUACUAUUACCCCUUUAACAAGAUUUGCCAAAGAUUCAUCUAUGCUUUGAACAGUUUUACCAAUUGAAGUUAAAAUAGGAGUCAAUAUCUUACCAAGUUCUUUCAGCCAAUAUGGGAAAUCUCUCUCGUGGUCCUGAAUAUUGAGAAGAGAAAGCCUAACCCUUAUUAAUAUAUCUUGCACUUGCUCAUGGGUGGAGCUUAAGGUGAUUUUGAAUUGUUGUAAGUGAGCCAAGAAAGCACUCAUAUAUGGAAGUUUUAAAGAUAUUGGGGGUAUAUGUAUUUUAAUGAUAUCUGUUAGAUUAUAAUUUUGUAAAGGAGGUUUUAACAAUCUUCCACAACAAUAAAUGUCAUAAUCCGUAGUUACAAUUAAUGGCUAUAAAGCAGGUAACUUGCAAUCUGAAUAAGGACUCAUAAUUAAAUAAGAACUAUUUCUUAAAGAUUCAAAGCACAGAUAAUCAUUUUGUAUUGGUUUUAUAUUAAGUAAGCAAUCAGCUGAUGUGGCAGGAUUAUUUCCACAAGGAGUCUGUACUUUUAUAUCUUCACAUAUUACAUAACUUUUUUCUUGGCAUCUAGAAACAGACAAAUAAUAAAUCUGAUCACAUGUCUUUGAUAUAUAUUGAUAUGGAUGUUGUAUUGUUAUUUUUGCCAACUUUUCACCUGUUUGUAACAGGUGACCUAGAUUAUCAAUUUUCCAAUUCGUAGUGUAUAUUUCACCUGGAAGAGUUAACUCAUAAUAGAUUUUAACUUCCCACUGGCUAACCUUGGCAUUGUUUAAAUGUUUUGUUUCUCUGAUAUCAUAAACAAAGGUCUGGGAAACGUGCAAUAACACUUCAGUCUGUUUCUUAGUUAAUUUUAACCUUUGAAGCACUUUAGUUAUGUUAACCAGACUUGUAUCAAUUAAACCAUUUUGUAAAUUUGAUUGAAUAUCAAAAAUCUUCUGAUUUAACAUAGAUAUUUUCACACUUUCUUCUAGUGUAGAAAUACCAUAUAAUAAUGCUGCAGUAAGCGUUAUCAGGUGGUCUUUAAGAAUCAAUAUACCUUGACGUAGCAAUUCAUCAUUUAGAUCAGAAUAAUGGGAUACAACCUGAAUAGCUUCUACAAGUAAUUGGCCAUUAUGUAGGAAGGAGAUUGUAUUGGUUAACAAAGUCCUUCUUCUGCGAGACACACUUCUCAUGUUACAUUCAUCUGGAUCACUAUUUUGUAUUUUUUUUUAUAUGUAAUAUCUAAAAAUGUUUUAUUAGUAGGCCAUGCUGCGAUUGCAAAUGACAUCUCUGCAACAUUUUGUGAAGUACAGUUCUGAAAUUCACAAUUAGCAAUUAAAACAUGCAUUUGAGUUUUUAUACCAUUAAUUACAAUAUCUGUAUUAUAUAUCAUACUGUCACUGACACAUUUCUGAUACAGGGAGUAUACUGAAUAAUUUGCAUUUAUACUUAUCGGUUUUCUCUCGAUGCACCACAUUCCUGGAAGUCCAGAAUAUAGCAAAAAUCCUUGGUCUAUGUUUUUAGGGAGCCAUUUAAAGUUCUGAUUGGUAUAAUUAUACCAGAGAGAGCAAGAGGCACAACAGUAGAUUAUAUCUGGAUUAGAACCAUUACAGAUUCCUUGUUUUAUCAAUGUCUCCAUAGUUAUGUUACAGGAAUUCCUUGAUUUGCAGGUAUGUGCAUAAUAUGUAGAGUUAAGGACUGCUGCAAUUCGGGGUUCAGUACAAGUGUCCCAUGGUGUCAAGUCUCUAAAAAGCUUUUGUUGACCAUUUAUAUUCCAUUCUUUCGGCAAGGCUUCUGCUUUUAGUAGGCCUGUCUUGUUGUUGUUCAUCAAUUGCUGCAAGGUUUCUUUCAUUAAUUGAUGUAUUUCGUCCGAAUUCAGAUUCAAACGCCACCAUGAGUCAUUAUAAAGUUCAUUACUACAGAAUGUUCCAAUGUGGUUUCUCACUCCACCAGGAAAUCUAUAUUCCUCUUCUUCUGCUCCUUCCCAGUAACCACUUUUUCUGAGUUGUAGGUAACAAUCUGUGUCUUGUGAGGUGCUUUAAUAGUCAAUCAGGUUUUCUCAGUACCAUGUUCCAUCUUGAGAAACAGCUGGGUGUUGACAGUUAUCAGCCCUUAUUUCUUUUUCCGGUCAUCUUCUGUCUGGAAACAUAAUAGCAAUGUCCAGAAUUAGCAAAGCACUUCUUUUCAGCAUAAGAAGGCUGUUUGCGGUAGUCACUCAAUGAUAAACUAUAUGGCAAAGUCUUUUCUUAAUCACCUUCAUAGGUGCAUCCAAAGUAUUUCACAAGCAUCUGUCCCGUCUUUUUCUGUUUUCAGCAUGCUUUGUCAUCAUCGUUGAGUCCAUUAUUAGGAUUUGUAAUAGUCCAAUCACAUCUUUCUCGUGUAUCAUCAGUUUUUGGAAUGAUCUCAAUAGGUUCCUUGUGAAAUACCAGUGUAGGUCACAUUAGCAAUCAUUUCACUGUGAGCUGUGUCUCUCCUUUCGAGAUGGUUCUUGGAGCUAGUCCUCACGAUCACAGAACUUGUAUUAUGUGCAGUCCAAUUCAGCUCAGGUGCUUCCUGCUUGUUAACAUAAUCCCAAUGCAGUUUUAAAACGACAGCUAGGGUUGAUGUUAUGAUAAUGCUGCAGAUUGUAAGAAGGAGACACCAUAACCAAUUUUCUAGCAUCCGUUUGCUUGCAUCUUUGCAUUUCUUUCUUACUGUAUAAGAUAAUUCAGGUACAGUCUGUUUUCUGCCGAGAGUCUUUCUGAUGAUGAUGUAGAUUCAUUUUUCAUAUAUUCUAUGUUAACUGUGAAUGUAUCACGUCUGUCUGUUCAUCCUUCUCCUUCACAUUUGCAGGUUCAGAUGUCAGAUCAUGAUUCAGUCUGUUACGUGGCUAUGACUCUAGUGGCUGUGUUCUGGUGGCAUUUCUGUCGUCCUCUGUUUGUUUUAUCUUGCCAUCUUUAACAGCAUCCAUUGUGUCAGUCAGUGGUUCUGUGAACGUCCUCUUAGUAUAGCAGGUUGUAAAAUAUCAAAACUUACUGUUGUGUGUUGGCUCUGAUUGUUCUCUGUAGUAAAAGUUCUCGGAGUCACCCUCUCCAGGACAAACUGGCCAACAGUAAGAAAAAGUUGGUGGUGCAUGGUGAGGUGAGAAAAAAAUUCCCUAAAUUUCUCUAAUACAACCAAUGGUUCUAAGCUCUCCCUGGUGCAGAAAUAUGAUUUUCAGUGAAAAAUAUGUAACAUUUCAUAUGGUGUCUCACCAUUUGUAUCAUCAGGUAUGUUGUGAAUGCUCAUCUGUACCAUAGGAAUAAAUAGAUACCACUGUGUGGGGCAAGCAACUAGUAAGUUGGUUAAUAAUCAUUUAACCUCAGCAUUUUCCCAGACCACAACCCCACUACUUUGGGGGUGGUUGGCACACUGAAAUACCAAAGUAACCCAAAUGUGGUUGCCCAUUUUUAGGUUUCCUUUGCAGUAACUGCAGGACCACCAUCCAAGUGGAUGGUCCUGUGAUUAUCAAAUGCAUACUAAGGAAGUGAGACUAGAAAACGUGGUAUCAGAGGUUGCACUUCACACAGGAUAUAUCCAAGUAAACCUGGUACAUGCAUCAACACAUACAAAAACAUAUUUAUAACCAUGAGAUGUUGGCAAACUUCCAAUAAAUAGUAAUUCAAAAAGUAUGUUAGAUAUUAAUAUUUCAAUAAACAGUACAUCAGUAAUGUGGCAAUAAGCAAAUGCUUAUGUUUACUAAACACAUGUAUUACAGUAUUUCCCAUAUUAGGCCACCAAUAUUCCUUUUCAGGAGUCAGAAGUACAUUACCUCUCUCUAUAAGAGCUUGUUCUAGCCAUGAAAAAGCUUUUAGGCCAAGUCUAUCUUUCCUCUAAAGAAAGAACAACCAACAUAUUACCUUCAAUGGUUAUUAUGUAAUUAACCCCUCUAAACGAUAGGAGUAUUUGGUAGGAUAGCCAGGUGGAUUGAGUCCGGACUUAUCCAGGCAAGCAUUUAACUCUGCAUCUACUUUGAGAGAAAGGGUAUGUUUCUGUGAUCUAGUGACCACAUUAACAGAAUAGCUGUGGCUGACACUUUGCGCCAAAGUGUCUGCCAGCUGGUUACCAACUGUAUGAGGUGAAGAACCUAACUUCCUGUGUGCAGAUUCAUACACAAUUUCAAUGUCAGGUUUCUUUUGCAAAUAUGCAUCAAUUUGUUUCCACAAAGCUUUCAAAAACUGUUUGAACACCAGACUGAGACUCGAGAUCGGUGAACAGUGGACCAAAAUAUCUAAAUGAAAUCCUAUCAAUUAAUAUACUUUCAAUAUACUUUCUUUAAAUUACUUUAUCCUCUGUAUUAACUAUGAAAUAUUAAAGUUAAAACAAUUACAUUUAAAAGCCAACUUUUAGUGUGCGUAGGAAUUACCAGGCCAUUCAUAAUGUGAGAUAAAUAACAGCUUUUUUUUUUUUUUAAAACCGAAUAGUCUGUGAACACAAAAUGACCUUGGGCUGAAAAUUCACUUGCGGGGAAAAAAAAACCCCACUUUUUUUUUCUUUUUUUAGUAAAUUAAUUAAAUAUAGUUAGAACAUCCCUAAAAAUCCCGAUUACUUUGCAAGAAACAUGUCAUCCUUAAAUACUGGGUAAGUCUAUAAAACAGUGAAAUAGCAUUUUUACCCUGUAUAUCAUGUCACAGCUAUAAUGUGCAGUAUAACAAACUAUUUUAUAAGUGUUGUGCAAACUGUUCAUUAAAAGCCAGUGGUCUAGUGAGUUAUAGAUUAUUUAUUUAUUCUUUAAAGCUCUGACCUCAAUCGGCAAAGCAAUAUUGUAUUGGUGUCCAUUGCAAUCUGCUGUCUUACUUGCUGCUCUCAAAAAUUCUGAAUAUGUUCAGAGAUUUCUUGGGCAAUAAUAAAUCCCCAAAAAACAACAACUUUGCAUUUAUACUAAAUCUGCCUGUUGUAAACGGAUUCUGUAUAUUUCUUGUCAUAAGUACUUGCACUUAAAUCUGUUUAACAAAGCUGUUUAUAUUGUGACUGUUUAUAUUGUGGUAAAUAUAUAUUUUUUAUUAUUAUUAUUUAUUUAUUUAUUUUAACAUUGCUUAAUUUUUAAAGAUACCUGCAUAUUUAAUUAAAUAUCCUUUAUAUGUCUUUAAGGCAUAAACUAUCUGCAAAUUAAGAUUAUAUAAAAAAAAUGCAUGUUCUGGGUGUUCCCGUGAUUCCUUUUCUAUCAUUUAUUUUUUUUGUAUAUUUCUGGUUGUUGCUGGAGGAUAUGUUGGAGGAUGUGUAGAUGAUGAUGGGGUAGUAGAACUUUUAUCUUGUCCUGUUCUGUCUCUGUCCCUGACUUGAACUGGGGAUUCUCCGUAUUUGUCUGGACCUUUAACCCUUGGUCUCAAUCUAUAUCCUCCGCUAUAUCCAGGAAAUUCUGAAUAUUUUGGGGCUUCUCCUUUGGAAGUUGACUGAUAUCGUUCAGUGCGUUCUAUCUCUGUAGUCUGUUCUUUUUCCCUUUGAUAUGUCCCAUAUAAGAGGGAUGAGAAUUAUCUCCGUUAGUGCCAUCUGAAGAUGUAAAUGGUCUAGAUUCCCUUUUUAUGUAUGUAGAACUUCUCCUAUCUUGCUUCUGCCUGUCUCUUCUAGGAGUAAAUGCUGCGUUACUUUUUCUCUCUUUGUUUCCUGUUUUAUAACCGCUAGUACUCCUAUUUACCGCUAUAACGUCUUAAAACUUAGAAUUUAGCAGGGCUAACCAUACAGAUAUCUUAGCUAAAAUAUUAUUUAGUCGGUAUAGAGUUUCUCCAUUUAAAAUACAUAAAUAAUUAAAGAAUACAAUAAAAAUAGGAGUUGGAAGCAAUAACUUUUGUCUUAUUAAUGUAGUUUAUUGAAUAUAAAUGAAUACAGAUAUAUAAACUUAAUAAUCCAUUAAUAUAUCAUAGAGCAGAGUAUAUUAAUGGAUUAUUAAAUUGCAAAUGCUUGCAAUAAUAUUAGUAUGACAUACCCUCCUGAUUAUACAGGUAAUCUCUCAGUAUGUCACCUCCAGAGUUGGUCAGUAAGUCUCUACCUAGCAUUGAUCAUGCAUGUAUAUAUAUAGUAUAGCAUUUCUAAUUACUACUGGUAAUGUAUGGGUUAAUUCAUCUUUGGGUUAAAAGCAGUUCAUAUAUAAAAAUAAAAGAAAAACACUCUUAUCAGUCUAAUGUCAUAACCCAGACAUCUUUAAUCUGUAUUUGGACUAGAAGUUAGGUUGACAUCAAACCUUAGGGUUAAAAGCAGUUCAUAUAUAAAAAUAAAAGAAAACAUACUUAUCAGUCUAAUGUCAUAACCUAGACAUCUUUAAUCCCUUAAGGACCGCGGACGGACAUUUUUGCCUUGCCGACCGCUGACGGUCCUGAACCGUACUAAUACGGUCUUAGUUACUUACCUGAUCGCCGUCGUUCCCCCAGUGGCGAUCAGUGGUGCUCCCGGUGUGGGGAGACUGCCUGCAGCCCAGACAGUCUCCCCACACUGGAUUAGGAUCCCUGUGGCCAUGUGAUCGCUCAACAGAGCGAUCACAUGGUCACAAUAGGUGUCCAUGUGUCUGCCUGCAGGGGGACUGCCUGUGCUGCAACUGUAAAAUCAUGAAAAAAUAAAAAUAAAGUUAAUGUUAAAAAAUAAAAAUAAAUAUAUAUAUAUAUAUAUAUGUGUGUGUGUGUGUGUGUGUGUGUGUGUGUGUAUAUAUAUAUAUAUAUAUAUAUAUAUAUAUAUGAUAUAUAGACAUAUAUUAUAUCUAACUAAUAUAUGUCUAUAUAUUAUAUUUUUAAUGUCAUACUAAGUGUAUUUUUAUAUUACUAUGUACAUAUAUUAAUAUAAAAAUACACAUAUAAUUAAAUUACACACGUGUAUAUAUAUAUAUAAAAUAUACAAUAACUAUAUAUAUGUUGUAUAUAUAUAUAUUAUUAUAAAAUAUAAAUAAUACAUAAUUUAAAGUAAAUAAAAAAAUGUAAAAAUAAUAAAAAUUUAAAAAAAAUUAUAUCUAUAUGAAAUUUUAUUCUAACUGUAUUUUGAUAUUAAUAUAUAUAUAUAUUUAUAUCAAAAUACACUUAGAAUGAAAUUGUAUAUAUAUCUAUGUAUAUAUAAAUAAAUACAAAUAAUACGAAAUAUACAUAUGUCCAUAUACAAAAUUACAUAAAUAAUUAUAUAAAUAUACACGUACACUUCAAAUAUAUAAAUAUGCAUAUAUAUUUAAAUUCUACGUGCGUAUUUAUGUAAUAUUUUUACAUAAUUAAGUUAUUUUAUUGAUUGCAAUUUGAGGGACCUGCCUGCCAACCCAGGCCGAAAGUCCAGAAAAUUUUAUUUGCUAGCACUGUAUAUUACCCUGUAACGUUCUACGACACCCUAAAACUUGUACAUGGGGGGGUACUGUUUUACUCGGGAGACUUCGCUGAACACAAAUAUUAGUGAUUCAAAACAGUAAAACAUAUCACAGCGAUGAUAUUGUCAGUGAAAGUGACUUUUUUUGCAUUUUUCACACACAAACAGCACUUUUACUGAUGAUAUAAUUGUUGUGAUACGUUUUCCAGUUGUGAAACACUAAUAUUUGUGUUCAGCAAAGUCUCCUGAAUAUAACAGUACCCCCCAUGUACAGGUUUUAUAGCAUUUUUACAGGGUCAAAUAUAUGGGUCAAAUAUUUACAUUGAAAAUGGCCAGGUUGGUUACGUUGCCUUUGAGAGCGUAUGGUAGCCCAGGAAUUAGAAUUACCCCCAUGAUGGCAUACCAUUUGCAAAAGAAGACAACCCAAGGUAUUGCAAAUGGGGUUUGUCCAGUCUUUUUUAGUAACCACUUAGUCACAAACACUGGCCAAAAUUAGCGUUCAAUUUAGUUUUUUACUUUUUUCACACACAAACAAAUAUGAAUGCUAACUUUGGCCAGUGUUUUCGACUAAGUGGCUACUAAAAAAGACUGAACAUACCCCAUAUUGAAUACCCUGGGUUGUCUACUUUAAAAAAAAUAUGUACAUGUGGGGUGUUAUUCAGAGAUUUAUUACAGAUAAUAGUGUUACAAUGUCACUAUUGAUAAAUUAAAAAAAUGUAUGUUUUGAAACCGCAAUAUCCUAAUUGUACCUAUAGCCCUAUAACUUGCAAAAAAAAGCACGUAAACACUGGGUAUUUUUAAACUCAGGACAAAAUUUUGAAUCUAUUUAACAGUUUUUUUUUUCAUUCGCUUUUGUAGCUGAGUAAAAAAUGUUUUGAAGUAAAAGUAAAAAAACAUGUAUUUUUUUCAAUUUUUCAUCAUAUUUUUUUUAUUUUUUUUAAAUUAAAUUACAUGAGAAUAUAUAAAUAAUGGUAUGCAAAGAAAGACCCUUUUGUCCUGAAAAAAACAAUAUAUAAUUUGUAUGGGAACAGUAAAUGAGGGAGCGGAAAAUUACAGCUAAACACAAACACCACAAAAGUGUAAAAAUAUGCCUGGUCGCAAAUGUGCAACAUCGCAAAAACAGUCCGGUCCUUAAGGGGUUAAUCUUCAUUUGGACUAGUAGUUAGGUUGACAUAGGCAAAGCCUUGAAUUGUUAUUGCAUUAAUCUAAGACAAGAUGGAGUAAACAUGUGUACUGUAAAUAGGUAAAAGGUUAUUAGUUAGGAAAACCGUUGCAGUUUAAAGAAAUACAAUUUAGCAAUGUGUAUUAUACCUACAAUUGCCCAUCAAAGUGCAUUGCGCAUUUUAUAGACCUGCAUGCAUGCACCUGCCAAACGGCUUGUAGAAACCUAAUACCUACUGGGAAAAGUGAAACUAAACCGAAAACAGCUGACUUAAAACACAAACGAGGCCCUAGACAUCAGCUAACCCUGGGGUCUCUGCAUGUAAUACCAACCUUGCUAAAGGAGUCCUCAAGUGGACCUUGCUUGCACGGGACUAUGUCCUCAAGCUUCUCAGGAGGGAGAUGAUGAACUUCCCUGGGGGGACACACAAACAAAGCAUAAGUCCUAAAAGGGAAAAUGAGAGUGACAAACACUGGGGUCUAUAGAUGAGGGAUGUGGUAAUUAUACAUUUAAUUGCAGGUGUUUUUUUCUUUAGGGAGUAUGGGAGGAACUUUUUCAGUCUGCUGCCGUAGAUAUUGUCAUAAGACUUGUAUGGUCGUGAUUUGUGUACAUGGCACAUAUUCACUCCAAUACCAAAUACUGAAUAACAAUUGUUAGUCCAAACUUGUCUUACAAGGCAUAACAGCCAUAUAGGAACUACCUGAUAUAAUUACUUUUUACAUACCAAGAUUUACAACUGUUACAUUAUAAAUAAUAACAUAAUAAUUAUUAAAAGCCAAAUUGCAGCGGAAUAAAAGUGACAUUGAAAUUUGUAGUGCACCUUCCCUUGCAGUGUGCAUCACCCUAUCAAGGACUAACUUAUGUAAUUAAUGCUACUGAAGCUUUGCACUCAUCUGAUAUAAAUCUCCUCAAUCAAAAUUUUUUUUUCUUCCUAGACAUUGUCAAUAUUCUGCAAUCUGCCAUCCAGUGACAGGGUUUACCCUGCCAUUUUCUAUAACGAUGACUGCAUUAGCCACAAUUCUGAGGAUUCAAAGUUAAACCAUAAAUGUGAUGAAGAGGUGUUUCUAAACAAAGUGUGCAACUAAGCUGCUAAUAAAUAGAAAUUGGCACUGGAUUGGCAGAAAAUGGCCCAGUGGGCAGGUUUAAUUUUCUUUUACUCCCAGUUUAAGGUUGUCAGAUGAGUAAAACAUUAAAGAUAAAUGGUACAAUCACUGGAAAUCUGAAGUUGCAGUAUCAGUUAUGCCUGUAAAUUACUAUUGCAAUGCCGUACAUGCAUUGGGAAGUGAAAAAAGGUAUUACAUUUUCGUUUUACAUACAUGUUCUGGUCCCAUUGUGUACUUAAAAGUGGGGUAUGCCUGUAAUGCAAAAAGCAUAAAUAUAUAUAUAUAUAUUUAUAUGUAUUUUUUUAUUUAUUUUUUUAUUUCAAACUAGCUAAAUUCUCAUUUUGCUUUGCCCUAGGCUUUAUUAUACUUAAUCCAAACAACUUCCUAAGGAUACAGCCUGAAGAUGAGCCGUGUAGGAAAAGUCAAAACAACAUAGAAACACCUGAAAAUAUUUGUGGUGAAAAUUCUGGUGAGUAAUGUUGUUUUGGAUCAAAGAAAACUUUGAUUAUUUGUCUAUCUACACCUUCCAAAUUGAUUAAUUAAUGCGUGCACGCUUUCCCUAGAAGUAAUUCACACCGGAGACAAAGUUUCUGAUCAGUGAAAAACCCAGGAAUGCUUUAUUCCCCGGAGUGGGGGCUCCUUCUUAAAGCAAAAAUACGUCACAGUUUAAACAUACAGUAUACAUUCACCAAUUGGUUAACAGAGAAAGGGGGCUCUUGUUUAAACCCCCCUACAGAAUGUAGUGUCAUCAUUACACACUUUUGGAUACACGAUGGGAGGGGGAGUGAGUGGUAUCUAUCAGUUCUAAACCAAUGAUCCUCCAUUUAGCUAUAUAUGGCAUAUAGCUGUUAACUGGCACAAAGGUAGUGGGGGAGGGGAGGCCAGCAGGAUGUGAGGAAUUUACAUAGUAAACAGCAGCUGACCACAUUGUAGGGGGGGAAGGGAAUAUUUACUCUAGAAGCCAGUUUUAACAUAGUGAACAGAGAAUAAAUAGACAUUAGUAAAUAGCCAUUUUAUUUUAAUUCAUCUGUCCAUAACAGUCCCCCCUUAAAAUGGCAAUUUUUACUAAAACUACUAUCUCUCAUUCUAAUACUGUCCCUAUAGAAAAAUAACAAAAGGCUAUCUUGCACAUCUGUCUGAACAGGCCUCGAACACUUCACUGCGCGGGUACCCCAUAGCAGCUUGUCCACUACUUCUCCCGCGGCAGACUUCUGCCCGUAGAGACAGACGCUAUCCCUAAAUGUCCUUAAGAGGAAGUAGCUGUUGAUUUAGUGCGGUGGGACUGUAAGGGUGUAUGUGGUGUAUCAAGGUCGAUGUCGUCAAUCUCUUGGUGAAGGAAGGUCGGGGUGGUCUGGUCGAUUGUCUGAUCAACUGUCUUUUGUAGGCAUUUCUUAAGACAGGGUAACACACAACAAACAAGAAGAGCGAGGAUGAUUAUCGUUAUUAAAAUGGCAACACCUAUUUGGGCCAAAGCACCUUGCCAUUCAGACAUCCAUCCAAACCAUCUUUCCCAUGGAUCUGUGGCCCCAGAAUUUCGUUUCAGUUCAUUGGACAAACUCUUUAACUUUUCUAUUGCCAACGUUACCUUACCAUUAGGGCCUGUAUUAUCUGGAAUAUAGGUACAGCAUGUCAUGGUGUCUGGGAGUAUUUUACAUACUCUCCCUUUUUCUGCUAAAAUCAUUUCCAAGCUUAUUCUAUUCUGGAAGGUCAUCUGAGAGAUAGUUUGUAACCGCCCUAUCCCACCAUAUAUCCCAUAACAAGUAUAGUUCCCGGGCUAUAUAGUAAUGCCUUCGUCUGGGUUAAUAUUUUUAGUAAUGAUUGGGUAUUAAGUUUCCAUGACUCGCAUGCUGACCGCUUAGGUUUAAAUACAGUGUAGAGACUUAAAACGCAUACUUCAUAUCCGGAGGAAGGUUCAGGGAUACUGUACCUGGGUGAGGCCUCGCUCCUCUGCAGACAUAGCAGUUAGACUUGUUAUGUUUAGUAGCAUUGUAUUUCAUCCAUUCAAGUCACAAGUUAGUGUCAGAGAAACCUGUCUCUACAGCCCUCUUAUCCUCAAAUAUGGGAUGACUACCAUGUCUUUUAAAGUCCUAAUGUGUGGUUUGAGGGGAUUAACAGUCAUGUGCGUGGCACCUACCCAUUCAGCUGAGUCAUACAUGUCCUGUAAGAAAAAGGUCUCCUGUUUAUUGUAUAAACCUCUUCCCUUCCAACUCAGAUUUUAUUAGCCGUAAUGCUUGGGAGAAUAGAUUCAAACUUAGUUUCUUACCUUAAAAUUAUUUGGUACCCCCCUUGACACCCCUAUGGCAUUAAUAUACAUAUAUAUAUGUGUGGGUAAAACCACCCUUUAUAGGGGUACUCCUUUUUGUCCUGAAGCAUGAAUGAGGUGUGUCAAGAGUACCUUGGGGAUUGUCAUGUGUUAUGUGUAUGGACAUAAUAACCUAGGCUAGGGCACAUUUACUUAUUCUUAGAAAUCUUGUCUCAUGCUACCCUAGUACUGGCAGAUUCAGAUCAUUUAAACAUUCAAUAUUAAUAUCACCACAAACUCAAGAUAAGCAGAUGAUCUUGAAGAAGCUUUGACUGUGCGUAUGGCACCUCAGACGUGAGGGCUGCAGGGUAAGGAGUAUGUUUGUUUCUCUUUAGUUUCACGAGGUCCCCUUUUGGGGUAUUCAGCUUUCCAUCGAUGGCAGGUGGUCAGGCAUUAUUAUGGCCAUCAAAACACCCACUUGUUGAUAUUUAUUUAUUUAUUUUCAACAAGUAUCUUUGUUCUCUAAGAAUGGAGUUUCAAAAAGGGUUGUCAAGAUCAACAAAUGUUACUUCACAUGAUGCAGAGGCAGGCUUGAUUCUGGAAUGAUGAACCCACGGGGUGAUCUCUGUAUCUUUCACGGUGCACUACUCAGCAUGUGGUCUUGGUUAUCACUUUGGUGGCUGGAUAGGCCUCUGGCCAUCCUGAAAACAUGUCUGCUAUAAUUAGUGCAUAUUUGAAUCAGCCAUUCUUUGGCAUUCUGGCGACUUGACUCCUCUGGAAGAGAUAAUGAGGUUUGGCUAGAUGCUUGGGGCUUUCAUCCAUUCUUCUUGAGUUGCCCUUGGCACAAAUGGCACAAGAUUUACAGUAACUGUUGGUCAGAGAGGCAAUUCCUGGUACUUCAGAGUAUUUAUUGAUCAAAAGAGUUCAUGAGGGUUCUGGACAGAUGCUCCGUAGGCCCACUGGACCACUGCUGAGUAUAUGUUCUUGGGCAAGUAUAACUUGAGAUUGUUGAAGUACAGCCUGUCUUUAAGAGUUGCCCCUUUCUGUUUCCAGCUUGUGGUUUGUUUGUUUUUUCUUUCUUUCCAGGGUCAGUAGCUUGCUUGUUAUUCCUUCGGGAGCUUGAUGUCUGUGGGUAGGAUCUUACAUGGUGAAUAUGGGAGUUUCUUCAGCAGACACUUUUCUGUCCACUUCCCUUAGUGCACUUACAACUUUUUGAACAACUUAGUCAGCCAGAGAGCUGCCACAUGCUUCCUCUGAGUUCAGUCUUCCUUCAGAGAUCUUGCAUGGUGUGAUGGGAGUCUAUAGCUCAGCUUCUUGUGCAGACAUUGUUGAGGUGAGAUACUUGGUCCACUGUAGUGACAGCAAAUCCGGAACAGAACAUAAGAAAAAGGCUAAAAAAAAAUAAUAGUCAGUGUCUUAUCAUUUCCCCCCUUGGGAAGUGGCAGAAGAGUGGCCAGGUAAAUAGAGUAUCAUCCCUGCAGGGUGACAUUAUCCUGCACAGAAUUCGUCCAUCACAAGGAGAGGUGGGAUAUUGCAUGGAAAGUCUCAGGUAACCAGGGCAACAUUCGACACCAGAGCCUUAACCUGUUAGGGAAUAGUAAGAGCUUGGACAGGCUUUGGGGCCUGUAUAAUUCAGGUAAAGGUAUUGGGGGAACUAGCUAGGACCCUUGCCUCUUGGUCAGGUUUCACUGUGUGGAACAAAAUAAAUAAUAAGGUGAUAGGGGCCUGCAAGUGGGGGAAGGACAUCUGCACCUAGCAGAUUAAUUGGACAGGUGAAGGUAUCCACAAAGCAAGGCUUAGUUAACAGGCUACUCCAAGGAGAGCCAUCUACACUUAUGCAGGAGACAACAAUGUUAGACAGGAAUGAGGAGUCAGGCAGGCCUUGCUUGGUACAAAUAGAUGUCAUGUGGCCUGCUAUACAAGGCUGCAUAUAGUUAUUGGGCAUGGGCCUUACUAUGUACUAAAACUUAAGUUAAAAGAAAAUUUGGGACAACCUGAAGUGAUGCUUCUCCACAGAUGCUAACUCAUCGUUGAUGACAUUGUUAAUACAGGUAGCCUGAUCAGCCAAUUUAUCUUAGGCUUAAACAAGUCACACCAUGUAGUGGAAUGGGUCAUUAGGAUUCGGGAAAUUCUACAGUAAAAGGGCAUAGUAAGGAUGUACGCGAUGUUACUUUAGGAGUAGGCGUGGCUGUGGAUAGGGGGAAAUCAGCCUUAUCCAUUCCCAUAUAUUAUUCCUUUUGUCUUCAGUAUAUCCAAACCAUGUGUAUGUCCAGGCGUUGCAAUAUACAGUAAUCCAUUAUCAGUCAUGAUAUUAAAAUCUCAUUCUCAUGAAUUAAAUCAAAGAUUUUAAAUCAACCUCAGAAGCAACAAAGAAUAAAUCUAUUGUUUUUUCUUCUGUAAAAUGAUUGGAGUUACUAUAUAAUUGCAUACACCCAAUAUAACAUUGCAUGUUCCUCACUGCUACAUUAGUGUAUUUCAUUCUGCCAUAUGUGCAAACUUGAUUUAAAUUUUUAUUUUAAUUAACCUAAUACUUUCUUAUAACACAUAUAAAAACAAUGAAAGACAGUACAGACUAACAAUUCAUUUAAAACAAUAAACUGACAUAGAUCUCUAUUCUUGUGCUGUUCUUAAUUCUGGAAUCAGCCUGUGUACAUCUGUUGGCAGACAUAUCCAUGCUCAUUCCCUAAACUGAUCAUAUCUCUUGAAGUUAUCUGAUUCUUAUAACUUUCUGUGUUACGCUGCAUUGCUUGUCUGUCUCCUAAUUUCCAUAUAUUAUUUUAUCAUUGUCCUGAAAUUUUACAAAUAGCUGCUAUUAAAUGCAAACUGCAAUUUACUUUUCUCUGCGAUAUCAUUUAUAAAUUCCACAAUUCAUUUGUUCCAACAAAAUCUAACUUUCCUUAUUCCAACAUGCCAAUAACCUCUUGCUUAACAACAUAUACAAGAUUACACAAAGUUCCUAACUAGGUUAUUCGUCCAGCAAAUAUACCUUGUUUCCCUCACAUUCCUCACUGAGUUUACAAGCAUUUCACCCAUUCACCCCACCCCCCUGUAGCCAAUACUCAUAGCAGUCAGAGCAAGAGAAAGCAACAAAGAAGGAGGGGGGAGGAGGGAGGAAGACUUGCAAGCACAAAGUUUUUUAACCAUGUGAUUGCCUAAGCACAGCUCUCCUUAGGACAAAAGAUAGAAUAGGAGAGUAACGAUACAAAUUGUAUAGAUUACAAUUAACAUAUAUGGUACCCAACAAGACAUACACAGACAAAAGCACAAAAUACAGAUGUAAUUAAAUCACAAAGUUCUUAAAAUAAAUGCCGGCUUAUAAUAAAUCAAAUCACACACACACAGAAACACUCAAGCACAUAAACCGCUCCUUUACCGAAGCUUAGCUAUUUAAACUCUUGACCGAGUUUUAAUAAAACAAAGGAACCGCCAGGUUUUUUACCAAACGAGGCCAAAACAUCACUCACUAGCUUCUUUACCAAAGCUUAGCUAAAAUAAUAUUUUUUAUUUUUUUUUUUAAAUUAUUUUAUUUAUUUAUUUUUAAACUCUUGACCGAGUCUCGCAAUAACUUCUUUACCGAAGCUUAGCUAAAAUAAAUAUAGAGCCAGGGGUUUUCCACCAAACCCGAACUUGGCUAAACCUGCAAGUGCUUAACCACACUUGGCAGCAUUAUAUAACAGUAUUAAGCAAGUAGUAAAACAGAUUCUCAGACAGACACUUUCACACAUAAAACUCACACUCAGGACUCAGGCUGUAGAUAGACAAGUGACAGGUUCUAUAUAAAAGGGGACAUUCGGGCAUAUAUAUAUUACCUGUCUGAAGACGUUAAACACCGGAAGCCGAAUGUGAAGGCACGGAGAACAAGAGAAAUCCAAAGAAAGGAAAAUAUAGGUAAGUAACUCAUUUACCAUAUGCAGAGGUGAUCAGGCUCCGUUUCCAAUCUCUGGGAAUCCUUUGCUCUCCUGUCUUGGGAUCUGACGGCUGCCUUAGUAACGUAUCCCUUAAAUGCCCGCAUUCUCCACCAAAUUGUUUUGGAUCAAAGAAAACUUUGAUUAUUUGUCUAUCUACACCUUCCAAAUUGAUUAAUUAAUGCGUGCACGCUUUCCCUAGAAGUAAUUCACACCGGAGACAAAGUUUCUGAUCAGUGAAAAACCCAGGAAUGCUUUAUUCCCCGGAGUGGGGGCUCCUUCUUAAAGCAAAAAUACGUCACAGUUUAAACAUACAGUAUACAUUCACCAAUUGGUUAACAGAGAAAGGGGGCUCUUGUUUAAACCCCCCUACAGAAUGUAGUGUCAUCAUUACACACUUUUGGAUACACGAUGGGAGGGGGAGUGAGUGGUAUCUAUCAGUUCUAAACCAAUGAUCCUCCAUUUAGCUAUAUAUGGCAUAUAGCUGUUAACUGGCACAAAGGUAGUGGGGUAGGGGAGGCUAGCAGGAUGUGAGGAAUUUACAUAGUAAACAGCAGCUGACCACAUUGUAGGGGGGGAAGGGAAUAUUUACUCUAGAAGCCAGUUUUAACAUAGUGAACAGAGAAUAAAUAGACAUUAGUAAAUAGCCAUUUUAUUUUAAUUCAUCUGUCCAUAACAAUGUGAUCUUUUUUCAUUCCUCUGAGUUUCAUAUAUCAAUGGAAAAAGGGCAAAAAUAAAAAAAUACAGCUGAUUUUGCUUUGGGUUGUUUUUUUUAUUUUAUUGUGACACAAAAGUUUAUCAAACAAAACAGACUUAUGUAGUUUGAGUAUGUAUUCACCCCUGUUACUAUAACUCCCCUAAAUAAACUCGAGUGCAACCAGUUGUAUUAAGUAGUUACAUCAUUUGAAAGGAGUCCACCUGUGUGCAAUUUAAAUGGGACAUGUUCUUAGUUUUUUGGAAGAUCAGAGAGUUUGCUAAACAGCUUACAAGACCAUGAAGGCCUAGUAGCCACUAAAAACCCAGGAUAUUCUGGGGAAGAGCCAAUGGGGUUAAAUAUUCCAAAAAAAAGCAUUUUUUAAAUCCAUUUUUUAUAUUAAAUGGAAUGAAUUUGCCACAACUACCACUUGCUGACUUUUAAAAGUAAAGUAACCAUUCGUUAGAGAGGAAAUCAAACGUCUUGCAACUCUGAAGGAUCCUGUAAGACACCUGAGACUGGGAAAGAGAUUCACCUUCCAGCAAGAUAAUUAUCCUGAACAUAAAGCCAAAGCUACACUGAAAUUGUUUAAAAGCAAGAACCAGAAUAUUUAGAAAUAACCAGUUGAGAAUCUGUUGAAAUAUAUAAUGCUAAACCUUUACAUUAUAUAUUGUUUUUUUUUUUAAAUUUAAUUAAAACAUUUCUACUGGGCAUUAUUAAUUUCUGCCCCCAUCUUGUAAACCUGCAAAUUAAGAAAUUACUUAUAUGAAAUCCAGUGACAGACAAAGCUCUCCUCACUGGUUUCCACGCCUUCAUUGGCGUCACCACUGUCUGCUCAUGCUUCACACAACAAUGUAACCACUUACAGGUGAAGUGAAUACCACUAAUUAUAUCAUUACAUUGGCACCUGUCAAGGGGUAUGACAUAUUAGGCAGCAAGUGAACAGUCAGUUCUUAAAUUUCAUGAGCUGCAAGUUGGAAAAAUGGGCAUGUGAAAACAUCUGAGUGACUUUGUCUAGAGCCAAAUAGUGGUGGCUAGACGAAUGGGUCAGGGUAUCUCCAAAACAGCAUGUCUUUCAGGUAUGCAGUGGUUAGUACCUGCCAAAAGUGGUUCAAGGAAGGUCAGUCUGUGAAUUGGUGUCCGAGUUAUAGGUGCCCAAGGCUCCUUGAUGCACGUGGGUAACAAAGGCUAGCCUGUCUGGUCCAGUCUUACAGAAGAGCUUCUGAAAAAUGUAAUGGUGACCAUGUCAGAACACACAGUGUUCCGCAUCUUAUUGCGUAUUAGACUGCGUAGCCGCAGACCAUAAUGACGUCUGUCCACUGCCAAAAUCCCCUACAAUUGGGACGUGAGCAUCAUAACUGGACCAUGGAGCAAUGCUUAAAUGUUGCCUGUCCUGAUGAAUCACAUCUUUGUUUUAGAUCAGGUGGAUAGCUGAGUGUGUGUGUGUGUAGUUUACCUGGGUAAGCGAUAGAAGCAUGACACAUUAUGGGAAGAAGGCAGGCAAGCAGAGGCUGGGAAACCUAGGGCCCUGGCAUUUGUGUGUAUGUUACUUUGACAUGUACCACCUACCUAGAGAUUGUUGCAGAUCAUGUACACCCCUUCAUGGCAAUGGUGUCCCCAAUGGCUGUGACCUCUUUCAUCAGGAUAAUGCACCCUGCCACACUAAAAAUAUUGUUCAGGAAUGGAUUGAAGAACAUGACAAAGGUGUUACCUCCAAAUUUCCCAGAUCUCAAUCUGAUUUGAGUAUCUAUGGAAUUUACCGGAACACCAAAUCUGAUUUAUGGAGGCCCCACCUCUCAACUUGCAGGACUUAAAGGAUCUGCUGCUAAUGUCUUUGUGCCAGAUAACCCAGGAAACUUUCAGAGGUCUUGUGGAGUCAGUGCCUCCACUCAAUCAAGGCUGUUUUGGUAGCACAAGGGGUCCUAUACAAUAUUAGGCAGUUGGGUUUAAUGUUGUUGCUGAUCAGUGUACAUACUCCUACCACCAUAACAACUUCUAAAAGAAGUGGUCAUAGUGGUUGGAAGAAACCUUAAAAACAGUCUCCCACCAAUGUGUUUGAGCUUUUUAUUCCCCAACUAUAGUCAUCAUAAAAUACAGUACUGAAAUGUGCAAAGCUGCUAGAGACUUACCCUAAAGACUCACAGCUGUAAUGGUAAACAAAUUAGCGUAUGCAUGAUGGUACAUCUAUCUCCAGCCAGUCAGCUGUGAUUACAUAUGAAUAUUGCUAUAUUGAAAGGAAUAAUGCCAUCUGCUAGGUACUCUGAAAUUCCUGUGUAAAAAGUAAAUAGUAGCUCUUAAGAGUACCCAAUCAAGUAAUUUUACUGAUGGUAAACAAUGGCAACCCAGAAAUUAUAUUUGUUUAAAAAAAUGGUGGGUAUUAAAAGGGGGAUUAUCAAUAAAGAAUUAGUCCAAAUCCUUAUGUUUGUCUCACCCAUAAAUCAACAUAUUUAUGUUCAGCUAAUUCGUCUUUAACUAGUUUUAGGAAUAUUUUUUUUUCUCUGAACUAAAUUAGUGAACUAAAUAAUGUUCUUACAACAGACUAAUUUUAGUUUAUUUAGAACUAGCUCAAUUUAAUUUGUCUCCCAUGUUGGAAUUAGUGUAGGAUCCACCGAUAUUUGGUGGUGAGUGGUGAGCUUAAAACGAUAUGGUCAUAUCGUUAUAUGGUGGAACUGAAUUCCCAUAUGUGUUGAGAUAGGUGAUUUUAACUAGCCUUAAAAUAAUUGACAACUGGGGCGGAGCCUGACUGCUGAGCUGAGCAGAUGUGCCUGACAAGAGCUCCGGCCCUUCAGGCAGAAUCCGGGAUAAAAGCUGCAGCUACAUAACCCAUAGAAACCCGAGGGUGCACUUCCCACGUCGGGGGUGCCCCGCUGAACCUAACGAGACCACCCCGGGGCAGCUGGAGACGCAAAGACCCAAAUGCGGCGACUAGGGCUGAAGACAGGGAAAAACAACCGCUCUCCUCUGCGAGGGAGCCCGCAAACGACGCACACGUGGUGGCGGCCAUUUUGAUUCAUUCGAAUGCAGUCAGCGGUGUGUGCCGUCAAACUCAUGGAACUAAAAUCGCCUACAGAACGGUGCGAACACCGUUGAAGUUUUACCUUCCCUAGAACUAAUGCAUUCGACCGUUCAUUGGACAAUUCGAAUGGUUGUCGUUCGUCUGCUUGAACUGACUUUAACAUGGGAAAUAGACCGGCCGCACAGCUUGAUUCUCUGGAACUGUUUUGGGCAUGAAAAUGUGCUUGCGGUCGGUCAAAGGUGACUUAUAUCUCCCGAACGGCUGAACGGAUUCAAAUGAUUUUUGGGUAUGUUUGUAUUUGAAAAAUGCUAAUUAAUAAUACAUUGGAUGUAUAGUUUUAGAGUUAUGAAAGUUGGGUAAAAAGUAUGUUUUAAACUGUAUGGCUAAUUGUGUUACCUCACAGGCUAAGGGGAGGAGAUGUGUGGGAUGUAACCAGUGUGUGAUUGGGUAAUUCAUAAUUGUCUGUAGGCGUCUCCCUUGCAUGGGAGAAUUGCAUAAAAGCAGAGUGUGUGUCAUUAAAAACCUCAGUUCUUCUUCACCCUCAAUCUGAGUCCUGUCUCAUAUUGGGUGAAUCUGCUACAAGGGAUUGUUAUGCUCGUCAUACUCUCUUGCUAUAAUCACUGAGCUCUUGUAAGAGCUGUUCUGUUCCUGUUACACUCUCUGGGGAAAGAGAGGUUCACCCACUGGAAGCUGGAGCCUGGCCUUGGGUCCAGGGUGGGUGGAAGCGGCGAGACCCCGGUGCAGCUGCAUCGCUGGAAGUGGGGUCUGCCGUGCUGAUGGUGUCGGUUGGAGUGCUUGGAGUCCUCAGCGAGCACUAGGAGCAUCGAUUGGCGGAGGUACUCAGUCAGAGUGCCAGCGGUCCGUCACAGUUAGCCCUUGGCACAACAGCUUAUUCUUUUCAUAACUACAUUAGCAUAGCCAAUCUAGCACUACCAAACGUUAUUUACUUAAAUGUUACUCUGAUAAUAUAAAGGGUCAGUCAAGCUUGUUAUAUAUAUAUAUAAAGAAUGUGCGGCCUCCUAUGCCAAAAAAAAAUGUCUUACUUAGUUAAUCCUGACGGUUAGUUUCUCUUGAUGUACACCAGUACUACUAUCUUAAUCAACUACAUUGUCUUGACCAACCCAUGUUUCUUUUAUAAAAGUGUUGUUAGGGUUAAUCGCUCUUACUAAUCUACCUAGCACGUAAUGCAACCAUUCAGUCACCGAGACAUUCUCCACUUAGUCAGUCAAGUGUUACGUUUAACUAUCUAUAAUACCCUAAAUAUAACAUCUUGUGCUGUGUUCUCAAAAGAUGCAUAAUAUUUCAAACUUACGUUUAACUAUUAAUAUGCUUAAUUACUUAAUUACUCUAGCAUGUCAAAUUAUAUAAGCAAUGUUUAUUAGCCUGUUAUUUUCAUGAUUUAAAAAAAUAAUUGUGCAACUGUAUAAUGUCACAACCGUGUCUGCUGUCAUGGCUCCACGGGCCUGCCUGUAAAAUCUUCUGCACCAAAAAUAAAGCAUUAAAAAAAUAAAAAAUUAUUGACAACUGUAUUUUUAUGUGUGUGUGCUGUUCUUAAAUCUGUAUUAUGUAUACCUUAUGAUGUCUAGGGCAGCACUAUUCCUAAGAAAUGAAUGUGACAGGUCUGCCCCAAAUUUUAUUUUUUGUCUUUAUUAUUCUAAAAACAACAAAAAAUCUAAAUACUGCCACUCCAAGCACUCAGAAUCCACAGGAGGUUUAAUUGGCACAAAGCAAAAAGUAACAAACAGGGGGGAAAGGUCACACAAAACACCUAACAUUUUUUGGACCUACAGGUCCUUAGACAUAGGAGACAUAAUUUAAUUUAAGUUGUUCUGUCUAUUCUAAAAAGCGACUGAUGUUAUGAGUCAUCAAACUCAUAACAUAUUUUUCCAAUUGUGGACACUAUUUUACAUACUAUAAAGAGUCAUAAAUCACUAGUGGACUGAUCUGAAACUGAGAUGGGUGGGUAAAAAGGAGGGGGGGGGGGGCUGAAGAAACUCCCCUAGGUUAUUGUAAGUCUUUAAACCUUUAUUACAUGCUUUUCAAAGUUUUUAAUUUGGUUUGUAUAUUUGUUUAAAAGUGUUUGCUUUCUAGUUUAAAAAAAACAAAAAACACCAAAACAAUGUAUUUCAAACACUCCAGCAUAAAAAAGUUCUCCAUCAGUCACCCAGUUCUACAUACAUUUACCCAGACUUGGUCAUACUUGUCUUGCAGAUAUUUUUUGUGUGUGUGUCAGUCUUAUUAGCAUCUACUUUCAUGUUAUUGGCAUGUAGGUGAAAGAUUAGAAAUAUGUUUGCCCUGAUGAUGUGUGCAUUAUCUCAGUUCAUAACAGCAUGGGUUACUGCUAACAUCUUAUGAGUGACUUCACCAGUACGUGUGUAGAUUGACCCCUUAAGGACACGUGACAUGUCAUGAUUCCCUUUUAUUCCAGAAGUUUGGUCCUUAAGGGGUUAAGUAAAUACCUGCCUGGAUAUACCUUUUGUCAUCAACACCAUAAAACUGUACAUUUUGUAUCAACAUUCAUUACUAUUAUAGUGUAGAAAGGUAAACAUUUUCCUAGAGCUUGUUUUCUAAAUAUUUUUAAGUUUGACCAGCAAAAAUAUGUUUAAAUUAUGUUCUCAUACGUUAGUGUGUUUUGUCUCUUACUCUCCACUUUGAUAUAUUGGUGGAGCUUUUUUUUAUCAUUAUUUUUUGUUAUUGUUGUACCCAGACUGUGGUUUGGUGAAUCCUGAUAUUUUAUUAACUGUCCAGCCUGGUGAAAAGCAGCGUGUUGCAGAUUUCUACAAACAAGAUGGAGGAAGAAAUGUAUUAGUUCCAAGUACAAGUAAGCUUCUUUAUACAUAUGAGAAAUAACACUCUAGCUUUACUGUAUGACGGAUUAAGUAAAGGGACACUAUAGUCACCAGAACAACUACAUCCUAAUGUAGUUGUUCUGGUGAGUAUAAUCAGUAUAUGCAAGCAUUUUCAUGCACCUAGGGACACCUCCAAGUGGCCACUCCUCAGAUGGCCACUGGAGGUGCUUCCUGGCUCAGUGCUGCACAGUAUGCAGCUCUGCUGUUCAGCGUCCCCACGUUCUGCAUGGGGAUGCUGAAUUUUCCUCAUAGAGAUGCAUUGAAUCAAUGCAUCUCUGUGAGAAGGUGCUGAUUGGCCAAAACAGUGUUUGGUCCCAUCCCAUUGCCGAUUUUAGCCAAUCCAUUGCUUUCCCCAUGGGAAAGCAUUGAAUUGGCUAAAAACCAGCAAUUCUGAUGAUGUCACCAGGGGCGGGCCAGUGCCGGCAGACCCGCACGGCGCUGAAGUAAGGUGCGUUUUAAUGCUUUUAAGGGGGGUAAAGGGUGGGCAAGCCACCUUAAUGGUGGGUUUUGCACUAUAGGGUCAGGAAUACAUGUUUGUGUUCCUGACCCUAUAGUGUUCCUUUAAGGAUGUCUGCCUUGUUAUGGUGUUCAGUGUCCCACAAGCCUUGUAUAGGAGAAUAGUAAAAGCCACAAAACUUAAAGAUUAAAAAAAAGCAUUUGUUUAUUUUUCAGAAGCCAAAUACUAUUUACGUUAAUUCUAGAAUAGAGAAAAGUGAUUGUAGUUUUCAACAGUGGUCAGCAGUAUUGCAGUGUGUAAAAAUUGAGGGGUGUUUGCUUGUUUUUAACCAAUAAAGGGAAAUACAACUUUGUCUCUUCUAAUGAUUUCAUAGUAGAAUGAGGGUCUCCUAUUGCAGGAGCAGUGAGAGAAGUCAGCAGAUUUUUAAAAGUGAGGUCAGGCUUCCAUCCACCUCUGCACAGAUUUUAUUUUCCCUGAUAGACAGUUUGCACAUGCAUCUUCUCAUUGUAAUGUUUUCUAGUUAUAGAUUUCUUCAUGAAUGAGAUGUCUUCACAUUGCCCAUAAUGCUUUUCUGGACUUCUUACAUGUACUUUUCAGAAAAAUAUGUGCAAAUCUGUGGGCUCUGCUACACAGGAGGUAGGGAUAACAUGUUGAGGACUUUUACAAAUAUAACAUAAGAUGGACAUCAGAGGAAAGGGUGGAACAGGUCCAUAACGGCACUGUAAACAUCAAAGUGCAUAUUACUUAUAGUACGCUAAAUGUCUGUAGUACAUUUCAACUUACCUGCCAAGUAACAUGUCACUUGUAUGGCAUCUAUGACAUACAUCUAAUAUUAAUGUCCUCUCUGAUUCCAAUAAAGUCCUAUAGAAGGAGUGUAUUCCCUUUCAAAUCUGAUCAGGGUAUUAUUUCUUAAAAUUAUUACACAGAUCAACCAGUCCAGAAGAAUAAAUAUGACUUGCGGGGUCAUUUCUUUUUUUUGCAAAGAUGCCUAAAGCUGGCACUAGGAUUUCCGUGUUGGUGCCCAUAGAAGAUAGGGGAAGCUAGAUAUGCUUACCUAAACUCCACCAUCUUUGUUCUCUUAGGCUACUAGUGAUUUCAUCUCUCAGGACCAUGUCAUCAACUCUUGUGCAAGAGUUAAAAUCAAGGUUAAUAGAGGAGAUAAUCAUAGACGAGGAAGGUUGCAAGUGUUAACAAAAUGUGUAGUUGUAGGGGUAAACUGUAUUGAACUGCUUAAAAAAUAAUUUUUUUAAUUAAAUAUUGUGUAUGUUUUAUUUACUGAGAUUAUUUUAAUGUAUAUUGCUUUAAGAUUUGUCUUGUUACUUGUAACGGGUUGUAUUUUGCACAACAAUGUUUAUUCUGGUAUUAACAGGUAAAUUUAUUGACAAGUUUGGGGAAUACACCGCUAUUAAACAAGAAACUACUCUAGAAGAGUAUGCAAUUAUUUCUGAAAUUGAAACUUUGGACAGUUCAGCCAAAUGUAAGUAGAAUUGUAUAAAGCUGAAAACUUUGUGCUGUCUGACUUCGGUGCCCACUGUCUGUAGUUUUCCUUCAAUCUGUCAGGCUUCCUGCCAGCUUACCUCCCACUGAUGCUCCGAGUUCCGCGAUCCCCUCUGGCAUUCUGUCCGACUGUAUAAGUAUGCGCCUGAAUAAAGUACUAAAUUCGGCGUUUGCGAACUGAACGUGGAAUUCGGUAGACCGAAUACGGCGCAUGAAAAUGACAUCAGGGUAUAGAUUAGGAAGGUCAAGUACCUUCCACGAAUAGUGGUCAAUUCCAAAUGGAAAAUGACCAAUCAGGUGUAAGUGAUGCAUAUAUAUAUAUAUAUAUAUAUAUAUACAUAUAUAUAUAUAUAUUUGAUAUAUAAUAGGUACUUGAUAUUCCUAAUCUGACCCCUGACGUCAUUUUCAUGUGCCGAAUUUGGUACUUUUUUAUUAUUUUAUUAUAUUGACCAUGGCUUGUUUUAUUGUAUUCUCUGAUCUCUGUAUUCCUUUGACGUCGCCUUGCUAUACUGACUUUGUUUGUUUGUUUGUUUAACCUGGCCAUUCUAAGGACCGGUAUAACAGACUUAUUCCUUUAGCGAUUCUGUCUGUGUGUUCAGGUUCCAGGAUUCCUGACACAGUCCCUUAGUAAUAUGGUCUGUGUUGUCAUAACAAUUGGUUCUUUUGGGAUUAUGUUACCAAAUGGAAAGUCCCAUUAAAGGAACCCUAUAGAGACAGGAUCACAAACUUGUAUUCCUAACCCUAUAGUGUUUAAACCCUCCCUCCCCCCUUAACCCUCUUAAAAGGUAAUUACCUUAUUUCCAACCCUGCCCUUGAUCCUCCUCCUUUCUGACAUCAAUCAUAGGGAAAGCAUUGGAUUGGCUGAAAUAGUCAAGGAGGCAGGAUGGGUUUAAUCAAUGCAUCUCUAUGAGAAAAGUUCAGCGCCCAUGGAGACGCUGAACGGCAAUCCAUCUGAGGAGUUAAAGUUAUCCCUAGGGGCUACUGUAAGUGCUGCCUUUUCUCCAAAAAGGCAGUGUUUACAUACCUGCAGGAAAUGAUUAUACUCACCAGAACAAUUACAUUAAGCUACAGUUAUUCUGGUGACUAUAGUGUCCCUUUAAAGUGGAUCUUUGACUUUUCAGUAUUUCAUAAAUAUAUAUUCUUUAUGAAAUACUGAUCAAGACUACUUUGGAAUUUCAUUGAAAUUCCUAUGCUGUCCAAAAAUACCUUAAAGGGACACUAUAGUCACCAGAGCAACUACACCUUACUGUUCCCCAUAGGAUUGGCUAAGACUGUCAAGGAGGCAGAUCCGGGACAGAGCCAGCACAAGUCAAACACAGCCCUGGCCAAUCAGCUUCUCCUCAUGAGUAAAGAUCAGUGUCUACAUGCAGAGGGUGGAGACACUGAAUGGCCGUAUUGCACACUGUACAGCACUGCCCCAGGAAACUCCUCUAGUAGUCAUCUGAGUGGCCACUAGACUGUAAUGUAAACAAUGCAUUUUCUCUGAAAAGAUAGUGUUUACUGCAAAAAGCCUGAAGGGAAUGAUUAUACUCACCAGAACAACUACAAUAAGCUUUAGUUGUUCUGAUGACUAUAGUGUCCCUUUAAUGGUUUUGUAAAUUAGAUUAUAUUGUGCUUUGAGUAUCUCUUGGAAUUCUGAUUUUUAUUUUUUAUUCUUCAAGGUUAUCCUUGCAGUGAACCAACUGUUCGAAGGGGUAACUUUCAACAACACUCCUCAAACAACAAUAUACACAUGGAAGCAAAACAUGACAUCAGGAUUUCAACUGGUGAGUUAUAAACGUGGGUAAAAAAAUUAACCAUGCCACAUAUCUGCAGUGUAAUGGAAUGGUCUAGUAUUGUAUGGUAGUAUACAGUGUGUGUGUGUGUAUAUAUAUUUAUAUAUAUACAAAUGGAACAAAUUGAGAGCACUCAUUGGAUUUAGUAAACAAAAAAAUAUAUUAAAUCAAACGCAUAUAAAUCAACUUUUCAACCGUCUAGCCGUCUUUAUCUUGAUAAAGACCGCUAGACGGUCGAAACGUUGAUUUAUAUGCGUUUGAUUUAAUAUAUUUUUUUGUUUACUAAAUCCAAUGAGUGCUCUCAAUUUGUUCCAUUUGUAUAUUUUGCACAGAGAGGCACCUGGUCAUUGCUAAAUUAAUGCUUUUGUUAUGGGAUGAGUGCCAGAAAUUAUUGUGAUUUUUAUUUUUAUAUAUAUAUAUAUAUAUAUAUAUAGAUAUAGAUAUCUAUAUAUCUAUAUAUAUCUGUCUGGGAUUACAUGAAAUGACAGAAGUAACUGAAGCUGCCUAAAUCUAACUGUUGUGUCUUUUUUGGCUUUUACCUUCCUUACAUAAGCGCAGGGACAAAGAGCAUCUUCCUCUGGUUUACUCAAGGCAAACACUGUUCCUGUGCCACAAAAGUUUAUUGUCAAGAAACCCUUUAAUGCAUGUGACAAAGGUUUCCCUGUAAAAAGUAAGUUUCAUUAUUGUGAUUUUUUUUUUUUUUUUAACCAAAAAUAAAUAAAAAUACAAAAUAAUCAUUUGCAAUUCUUUUCUGUUGGUUUAGUGGUUGUAGUCAGAUGAUAUAGCAUUUACAUUGCACUUGCAUGGUUAUAUGGAAGUACCAUGUUUCUUUUUAAACAUUAUAUUUAUUUUUUAAUUUUACAGACAAUUUUUAAGUUCCUUUUGCUUGCUACUGUAUAAACCAGGGGUUUAGGGAGUAAGCUUUUAUACUUCAAAGACUGGCUAAUCAUCAUGGGAGUUGUUGUUCUACACCAUUGAAGAUUCUUUAUUUUUGGCACUACUGGUAUAAACUAUAACUGUGUUAAAUAUAUGUUAAAAGGACUAUCUAAGCACCAAAACAACUUUGGCUUAAUGGAGCAGUUCUGGUGUAUAGAUCCUGCCUCUGCAGUCUCACUGCUCAAUUCUCUGCAAUUUUGGAGUUAAAUCACUUUAAGUUUGUAGUCCUAGUCACACAUCCCCUGCCUGUGACACAGCUUCUCUACACACUUCCUGUAGAGAGAGAUCUAAAUUUCCUUUAUUGCAUAGUUUUAUUUGGAAUUUAUCUCCUGCUUUGUUAAUUGUCUGCAGGAGGCUGAUGUGUGUAUGUUACAAUUAACAGAGAAAUUAACAAAACAAUAUUGUUCACAGUAUGUAACAAUGUCUGGAUCUUGCAAAUCAUGCCCGAAUGAACCAGAAUUUUUGUCCACUUUUCAAGUGGACCCAAAGGAGCUAUAUGGCUGAAAUCCAAAUCUGGAAGGUUAAAAUUCAGACCCUUAUGCUUAAAAUAAGGGCAAGGAUUUAAAAAAUCAGAACUAUUUGCUAGUGCUUUUUUUUCUCUCUUUUUGUGCCUUGUUGACAGUGUGUGGUUUAUUUAUUUUUGCUUCUUUAGUACAGUUGCGCUUCCUUUCCCUCUUUAGGCUUCCCCAAAAUCGAGCCGGUUACCAUAAGAAUCAAAUCAAAGGAUCAACUAUGUAACACUGAAAAUGUAGGUCUCGGUGGAAGAAAUCUUGCUAAUUAUGCAAUUGGUAAGUAUGGUCUCAUUCUGCAGUAUGGUUUACGUGAUGCCCUUCGAAUUGUGACCUUCUAGCAUGUCACACUCAAUGUAUAAAAUGGUUAUGUUAUACCAAUACCUCUUUCCUCUGUAGUUUUUGUUUGUACAUUCAGAUCUCCUGAAAAUGUUUCUGUGGACUUGCUGUAAACAUUUGUUAAACUCUAAUGAAACCUAUCCAACUACAAAUAAAACUGUUUAAACAGUGUUUGUUGAACAACCUGUUUUACAGUUGUAAAAAUGCCUUCCACAAUCAGUUGAAAAGAAAACAAACCAAAAUAAAUAUCAGCAAUGUAUUUGUGGAGCAGGUUCACAGUUUCUUUUUUAUUUUAUUUUCUUUUUUCUUUUUUUAAAUCCAUUUAUUUCAACAAGUGGCAUAUAUACAAUUUUGAUACCAAUUGUAGAUGUCAAAUCAAAAAGGUUGCUCCGGUUGUCCGAAAAUGUGACGUGUAUAAACAGGUUAACCUGGCUACUUCUGUAUUUGUUUUUUUUAAAAUCUACUUUUACCUUGUUUUAAUGGAUAGAAAAUGAUUUUUUUUCCCCCAUCCAGGCCAAUUAUUUGUGUAAUUAUUCGACUUGUAUUUUAAUCCCACAGAAGAUGCAUUAAUCAACAGAAUUAAGUGUCCCUUGCCUCCAGAUGGUUACGUUAAUAAACACAAUCUGCCCGAGCUGUCAGGAAAAAACAGGGAAAAUGUUCUGCAAGGUUUCAGUCAGAAGAAUACGAACACACCGCAUAUGACCAAAACAUGCAUUCCAGAAAACAGACCAAAUCCGCCUGCUCCAUGUGUGAUCAGUUCUGGCACCAUUACAAAUACUUUAAAGCUAAAAAGUGCACUGCCUUUCAGAUGCUCUGAAUGUGAGAAAACUUUCAGAGUAAAAGCAUACCUGAUCAAUCACAGACGAACACACACAGGAGAGCGACCCUAUAAAUGUUCUCUUUGUGAGAAGAGUUUUGGUCAGAAGUCAAAUCUGAAUGUUCAUUUUCGAACUCACACAGGAGAGCGACCUUAUGCUUGUCCUCUGUGUAGCAAACGGUUUAUAGAUAACUCUGGCCUUAUUCAGCACAAGAGAAUUCAUACAGGUGAAAAGCCUUUUCAUUGUUUACAUUGCCAAAAAAGUUUCACUAAGAAAGAACACUUGAAGGUUCAUGCAAGAACUCACAAGAGAUAAAAGCCAUUUACAUAGUUAUUUUGUUGUAAACGCUUUUGACAAAGGUGCAGUCUCACAAAAUCCAUGACAACUCAUGUAGAAAAAUCUUUUAAAAGUUAAUUAUUUCCAAAAUAGGGAAACAACUGGUGACUGCUCAUACAAUUUCUCAAUUAUUACAUGUAGAACAAUUGUGUUUUAGUUGCAAGAUAAGCAAGGCUUUGUAAAAACCUGGAAACCCACCUAAAGUAUUUUUACCCACAUCGUAUGUAUGUGUGUAUAUAUAUAUAUAUAUAUAUGUACAUAUACUCACAAUGAUCAGCCAUAACAUUAAUUAUAUAGUUACAAUUGCACCUAUCGAUAGCAAAUGGGCAAGCAAAAAGAACUGAGUGACUUUGAUAUGGGCCAGAUAGCGAUGAGUAUUGUUUGGUGUUGCUGGUAUGCAGUGGUUAGUACCUACCAAAAGUAGUGCAGGGAAGGGAAACCGUGAACCACUGCUAAUUGACGCACAUGGGGAGCAAAGGCUAGUCCAUCUGGUCCAAUCACACAGAAGAGCUACUAUAUAUUACAUUGCAAAAAAAUGUAUAGAUGGCCAUGAUAGACAGGUGUCAAAAUACACAGUACAUCACAGUUUGCUGCAUAUGGGUCUGCAUAGCCACUGACCGGGCAGUGUGCCCGUGAUGACCUCUGUCCACUGCCAAAAGCGCCUUCCGUGGGAAGUGGACCAUGGAGCAUGGAAGAAGGUUUCCUGGUCUGAUGAAUCAUGUGUUCUUUUAGAUCAGGUGGGUGACUUAGUCUGUGUGCGUUGUUUACCUAGGGAUGGGAUGGCAGCAGGAUGCAUCAUGGCAAGAAGGCAGACCAGCAGAGGCAGUGCUAUGCAAUGGGCAAUGUUCUGCUGGGAAAACUAGGGUCCUGGCAUUCAUGUGAAUGUUACUUUGACAUGUAGCACCUACCUAGAGAUUGUUGCAGAUCAUGUAGUUGGCAAUGGUGUUCCCUAAUGGCAUUGCCCUCUUUCAGCAGGGUAAUGUCCCCUGCCACACUGCAAAAGCCAUUGUAAUUGGUGUUGCCUUGGCCUUCAAAUUCCCCAGAUCUCAAUCCGAUUUAGCAUCUGUGGAAUGUACUGGCACAACAAAUUUGAUUAAUAGAAGCCCCACCUCACAAUUUCCAGGACUUAAAGGAUCUAUGGCUAAUGUCUUGAUGCCAAAUAUCACAUGAUACGUUCAAAGGUCUUGUGGAGUCACUUUCUCUAUGCAUAAGAGCUGUGUUGGCAACACGAAGGGGAACUAUAUUAGGCAGGUGGUUUUAAUGUUGUGGUUGAUCAGUGUAUGUAUAAAUUCAAAUACCCAAGGCAUAAGGGCAGGAAUACUGAAAGAAAAACAAUAUGACAGUUCUGCAUUAUUGGGUCACUGUAGAUACUGUAACUGCUUCAUCUCAUUUAAGUGGUUAUAGUAUCUGGAGUCUCAUGGUGCCAUCCUUCCAUUCAGUGUCAAACUGUUUUUAAUAUUUUAAUGAUGAAUGAGAGUCCACAUCAGCCAAUCUCCUCUAUGUUGCUUGUGCUAAUGAGGAAGCAUUAGGCUGAUUAGCUGAGAGUGCCAGCUUAUCACUUUCAACCUAUCACAGGACCCAUUGCUGAUAUGAAUUGGUAUGGCUAAAAGGAAGAGUAAAAUCUCUGCCUUAACCAUAUCUCCAUUAAUGCCCAGGCUGUGGGUAGCCUGGGACCCUUAUUUAGUAUUAAACUGCUCAAAAAUUGUUUAACACUGAAUGGAGGAAUAAUGCCAGGGGACACCAGGCACUAUAACCAAUUCAAUGAGAUAAAAUCUUUAUAGUGCUUAGAGUUCCUUGAAGGCUGGCAGAACUAUCUGCUUAUUCAUAUAAUAUUUUUAAAUAUAUUACAAACCCAGAAAGUUUUUUUCUGCUGCACUGGUAACACAUAUUACAAUGCUACAUACUAUUGUCUUGUGACUAGAUUAACAUUUAAUACCUCCUGGAAUAGUAUAAACAGGGCAAACUUCGAUAUUAAUAAAUCAUUUCUGGAAUUGCUUUAUGCAUUAAGGCGAUAUUGCAUUAUGAUACAGCUGUUCACAAAAUUAAAUUGCUGCAUCCAACAGUGUUUAAAGGGACUCCAUAUGGAAAGUAUUUUUUUGGGGGGGGAGGGGGUUGGUGAGGUUUUUUUUUGUGGUGCCUAAAUUAAAAUUGAGUUAUGGAUUAAUAAGAACUUUUUUUUUCAGGUUUGAAAUCUAUGUUAAAAAGUGUUGUUAAUAAUUCAGUCAUGUUCCUUAACAGAAGGAAUCUUUACUUCAGGAAACACUGUACUGUUUAAACAGAUUUUGGUAAAAUACAGUGUUUACUUAUGCUAUAUAUUUUUUCCCUUUACAGUAUAUGCCAGGGCAUAUUAUGCAAAUUAACUUAACCCCCACAGUGCCAUGCACGUGAUCAUAUAAGUAUGUACGGCACUGUGGAAGAUAUGCCCAAAUAGUAUUUUUCUAAACAUGCCUAAGCAUGCAUGGCACAUUAUGGGGAGAUGGUGUCACCCUUGAAAUUAAGUGCUAUGGAAAUGUGUGCUUUAUACAUACUUUCAUUUCACUAUUGACCCAGUAAGCACUUUAGUAGCAUUUACUGGGUGGGUGAUUGAAAAACUGUGAGGUUCAAAGAAGUGCCAGUUCUGACUUAAAAAGGAGGGUUAUGCCCAUUAGACUAUUUAACAGUAAUACUCCUGAUGUCUUGAUGUACCAAAAAAAUAGAAUUAGUAGGUGAAAAUACCCAUCUAUGAUAUCCAUAAACAAUUUUAAUGGGUUUUUACUAUUGGCAGAGGGAGAACAGGGAUUUACACCAAGAUUUACAAAUAUUUCUUUAAAUCAGCACAUUAGCACAGCAGAACAUAUUUGUAAUUCUGUAUUUACGAAGAUAAUUAUAUUAACCCCUUAGAACAGAGACAAUUGUCUAAGUCUUAACCAAAACACCACUUAGAAUUUGAGCUGUAUGUCUAUUAAACCAUAAUUUGCCUCUUUCAUAUUAACUGCACCCACACUUAUUAUAUAUUAUUUUGCUCAGGAGAAAUAGGGCUUUACUUUCACAUCAAAUAUUUAUAUAUGAAACCAAGUUUAAUAAGAAUAAAAUCUAAAAAAAAAAAAAGUGUGAGAAAUUAAGAAAUUGUAUUUUAAUUGUUAUUUGUGCAAAAUUAUAUUAUUUUUAUUAGUUAUAUAUUGGGAGAUCUGCCUGACAACCCAUGCAGCCCUCUGCAGGCAAUCUGUCAAUCAUGCCAAUCAUGACUAUAGUCAUGUGUCAGAUCAGCAGGAUUGGCUGCAGGAGGACUCCCUCCGUUGUCAAGUAUACAGGCUGAAGGAGGGCUCGAUUGUUAGAGUGUGCUAUGCCACCCUAUCAGUUUUGUAAACUGACAUAGCGUGUCCUAACAUCGGGAAAACUUUGCAAGUAGUAAAAAGGUAAAUUUGGCACCUGAGAACUAGUUGUAAAAUUGUUGGUCAAUAUAGGUAAAAGAGUGGGCCUGACCCACAAAUAUAUAUAUUACCAGCAUAUUUCAGUAUUUGGGCCCAUUGGCCCAACUACGUCACAGGGGGUGGUUCCCUGUCUUUAAAACACAGGAAAGCAGUAUAUGGUUGCAAUUUAGGUGCUGUGUUGUUUUUUUUCUCACAUUCACUUCAUUUUUUCUUUUUGCUUUAUUCUUAUUUGGACAGAUGUUUUUAGAUUCGACUAAUAAAGGAACCUUUUAACCAUGCAUUGUUUGAAGUUCUGUGCGGUUAUUUUGUUUGUUAAAUAUCUAUAUUAAACUUUGUACUAUGACAACAGAUUACUUGUAACAAUGUCCUUUACUUAUUCAUUUAUAUAAGCCUUAUAAAAAAAUAAGGUUUUGGACGGUAAUGCACUAUGCACUUUCUUGCAUUUUGUGAUGAAAUAUAUUACCAUAUAUUCUAGCUUUCAUUAAUAUAUAUAUUUUUUUUUUUAUAAAAAUACUGAUUCGUCAUUAAAUAUAUUGCACUGUCAUAUUUGUAGAGAUCUUUUUUAGUUACCCGUUAAUUUUUGAUACAUGGAUAUUCACUCUGCAUCUAAGUUUCAAACAUCUGAUUAUAUUUUCUAUUUAUACAUUUUGUUAUAUCUAAACAAAUAUAGGUGGUUUUAUGGGAAAUGUUGAAAUGCAGAUAUAUUUUAUCUGUUCUGUAUAAAUGCAUGGAUAAUUAACAUGCAUUAUCUCAAUAUACAAUAUAAAUAACUGUUCAUAUAAAGGUACAUAUUGUACCUAGUACAAUAAAUUAAUUUUAAUUUCUGCUAUACAAAAUUGAAUUAUUUACCAUACUGUGAUAAGGUAGUGGAAUUGCAAAAUGUAGGACAGAAUACCCUAGUUAAAAUUUCCCUAAGCUCUCUUAGUCCUGAUGUAAAUUGUAUUACAACACUCUUAUAGCAUCACUGUCUAAAUAAAAAAAAUGAACAACCUCAAUAAAACCUUGUACUGGUAGUUUUAUUUGAUUGAAGACAUUAAAACACAGUAUUACUACUUAUUUUCUGAUGUUGAGUUUUUUUCUCAGAGUAUAUAAAAGUUUUUUUUUUCUUUUUUUGUUUGCUUCUUUUAUAUUUUUCUUAUUUUUCCAACAGAAGAUGGAACGGUUAACCAGAGAGAACUCGGUAAUCAGAAACUUAAUCUAGGAAACAUUCCUACAAAAAACAAAGGGAAAGUUCAGUACAAUUUGAAAAACACUGGAUACUGCCAAAGAAUGUUGAGGUGGUCAGUUAGUCAAAAGGAAGAAAUCACUCCUAAACGCUAUAUGGCUGGUUCUCAAGGUCCAAAAGAGCCAGAAAGAGGCUUUAACUGCACCGAAUGUGGGAAAAGAUUCUUUAAAAUAUCUGAUCUCAGGCUUCAUCAAGCAAGCCACAGAAUGAAAAUGAAACAGUUCAAUGGAUGUGUCAUUCAAUUUAAAAGCCAUCAGAAACCUCAACAUGGCCAAAAACUGUCUAUUGAAGAAAAAAAUUCACAUGCUGGUUCCAUCAAAAAUGUUAUAUCAGGGGGAAAAUCUAUAACAUGUGUUGUGUAUGGAAAAAAUGCCAAUCCAAGCAACAACCUCAUGCAAAGUCAAAAAACACUUGUUAGAGAAAGACGAUUUGUUUGUAAAUUUUGUGGCAAAAGGUUUCAAAAUAAUAGUAAUCUUAUUGGACAUGAGAGAAUACACACAGGAGAAAAACCUUUUGAAUGUCCAGAGUGCGGGAAAAGCUUCAGCCAGAAAGCCAACCUCACAACCCACCAGAGGCUUCACACUGGAGAAAGGCCAUUUGUGUGUCUUACUUGUGGGAAAGGCUUUGCACAGAAGAUUAAUCUGCUUACCCACGAGCAAACACACACCAAGAAAAAGAAGAAAAUAGAUAACAAACAUGUCCUUAUGAACUGAUCGAUAAAUUCAUACAUCAGGAUUUGGCUGAUUCACUGAAAGGAAAGGUGUCUCAGCUGUACUAACCAUAAAGUGCCUGGAAAUACAGUUGUUCCUCUUCACAAAGUCUACUAUUUUUACAAACAACACACUUCUUCACGUGCAGGCUAAUUCCACUGUUAGUCUAGUUUUGGACUAGUUGACAGGUGCUACUCUUAAGAUGUAAAGAUGCAUAAGAAAGAAAGUACCUCAAAAAUGAAAAAUAUUUUAGAGAUAUCUAAAAUAUGAAUCAUUUGUUCUGUUUCCUCGCCUUACGUUUAAAUAUAUAAAUAUUCCCAGUUUGUAUAUAAAUUAUGGUAUUUCUGAUAUCCUUGAGCCUGAUCUCAGUAUCAGUUGAUUGUUUAAAACCUCAAGAAACCUCCUAUUUCUAUGUUUAAAAAUUGCCUAGCAAUGUAGACUUGGAAAAUGUUAUUUAUUGAGUAGUAGUUCUUUUUUCUGUGUACUAUCUCCUUCAGGUUUUUGGAUAUAUUUUACAAUCUAUUGUAAACAUCUAGCUUCAAUAUAUAAUCUCUAGACGCAAUUUCUAGUGCAGUAAUACUUCCGGUGUGUGCUUUAUGUAGACUAACCUAACACGAUAAUUCUAUGGCUUUUAACAUUGUGUUCUUAGUUGGUCUGCUGAGAGUGCUAAAAAUGUUCAGUGCUGAAGGCCAUGUGGUAGUAUUACUUUUUUCAGGUAAAGAUGUGAAUGAAAGAAUUCGGCAAACAGCCAAACAGAAUACUGUAUAGCAAUCACAAAUUCACUAAAUUGAAUCUUCAAUUUUAGGAACUACUGCUUCCAGUCAAGGGAGAUAAGUGCACAGGCUGGAUAUUUUCUAGCUCACCCUUAUAAAGGCAUUCAAAGGUAGCUAAACAAAACACUAGCAAAACAAACACUAAUUAUAGCCUUUUUAAGUUUAUUAUAUGUUUUUAGAGAGUGGAUGGUGAUGUAUUGUUUCUCUUUCUAGUAUCUCUACAACUUUGACAUUCUUUACAUUAGUCCUUUUUGAGAGAGCAAAAAAAAAAUACCAAUAUUUUUUGCAUCCUACUAAGCUGCAAUAACUUUAGCUGAAAUUACAAUUUUUCCCCCUGCAAAACAUCUCAAUGGUCAUACCCUCAGAUUUUAUAAUGUGAAUCACCUGCUCAUAUCCUUGAAAUGCCUUUUGUUUGCAUCCUCUUUGCCCAUUCUACUGCUCUCCUUUAUACUGGUCAGUUGGGAAGUUCUCCUGAUACUACUCCCCUUUGUCAUUUUUAUCUUCUGUCCCUCCUUCACUUAAUUUUUUUUACUCUGAUCAUCUUUCAUAAAUAGGCCAGUAUAUGCUUGUGUUUUAUUCUCCCCUUUUCUCCCACACAGUUGUGUUUUAUCACUCGUUGUAUUUGUACAACUUAUUAGAACAGGAUUUUUUUUUUCUUCUAAUUUUUAAUUAAAGGAGCACAUCUCACUGAAGAGCCCAUGUUGCCUGGAGUACCCAGGUGCCAUCUUUCGUUCUAGUGUUAAAUGCUUUUCAGGCAGCUCACUACUGUAGUACUCAGUUGUUGGUCUGUUAUCUCUCCUAUUGUGCUCAAGCUAAUGCAAAAGCAAAGGGGCAGCAGUGAAAGGCUGAGAAUGUCAGCUAAUGGUCUUAGUGUAUUACAGUUUGCCCGUUGCUCGUAAACUUAUGAACAUUUUGAACCUUUGUUUGCAGUGGGUGGCCAUGUCAAGGUAAAUAUAAAAACCCAACACGCAGUGCUUAAAACUAUACUAUCUGACGAGAGAAACAAAGGACAGCUGUGUAUUAUCAGACCUUAGAGUGGUCGGGCUUAGCGCAAUGCCUAUAGUUGGUGAAAUGUAAAGUCAAGAAAAAGGCAAGGUCAUGGAUUCAAGAAACCUAGAAUAACGAUAUGCUAAGCUGGGUCAUACAGAUAACAGAGUAGUUAGAGAAGCCAAACCAGGAAACCAGAAUUUCACAGACUUAGGAAUGCGCUAUUGAGAUCCCAAGGGUGAUGCUUUGUGUCUUGUUAAAAAGGAACGGGGCUACAGCAUCAGAAAUGCUCACAGGUGUGUCUGGGGGUGUGCAACUGAUAUGGUUCCUACUUGGAGAGGAAGGGGCACCAGGUGAGUGGUGUAGUGCAAGGGAAUGUAUUCUUACAGACCACUGAUAAGCUUAGAGCAUGAGCUAAUGCCUCUCCUCUUGGGCUAAUGCAGAAGUGAAGGGGCUUAAAGUGGUUUAACACUGGAAGGUAGAACAGUGCCAGGGAACUCCAUGCUUCAUAGCCACCUCAUUAGGAUGAAUUGGUUAAUUGAGAAGGUGUUCCUUUGAUACCUUAAUCUUUCCCAGAAUAGCGAGUGCAAUCUUGAAACUACUUACUUUAAAGAUGACCACAUCUUUAAAUAUUUUCUUACUAGAAAAAGAAUGAUAGAACUUUUUCAAAUAAAUGACCAGGAGUUACACUUUUCUGCUAGUUCGUGCAAUGCAAUGGUAUUUCCUGUCAGAGACAGCAUUAUCUCCAGGUGUCUGUGAUGCAGAAAGUAUAAGCACAGAAAAGUAAAUCUGGUAAACCAUAACAGCAAGAACUAUCAGAACCAACUGUUAGAAAGUAUAAAGGCACAUAUAACAACAUGGCCAUUUAUUUAUGAAGGAGAAAAAUUCGGGAACCCCUCUUUAACAUAAAUAUCUGAGGAGGGUCUCCGAGCCAAAUCCAUAUAUAUAUGUAAAUGUUACAGAACGUGCAAGUAAUGCAUGUUACUGUGUUUUAGAGAGUGCAAGUACUGACACAUCACAGCAUUCUGUAUUCUGCUUGAUAUUUUUGAUCAUAACAAAAAAACACCUAGAACUGGUUUAUAAAUUUUUCAUACACAUUUGAAUUUCUUUAACCGUAUUCUUUCCAAUUGAACUUGAAAAUAAGCAUUUCUGUUUUUGAAUUUUUUUACGGUAAUGUAGAUUAUUCUUCAACGGAGUCAUACUGGAUUGCUUAUUGUUUAGGGUAGUGGACUUCAAUGCUUCUCGUACUAUCAGAGAAUGGUUCUUUUAAGAUUGCGGGAGCUGAGGUCCAUCAGCCAUUGGAGUAUCGUAUUUGACUAACAUUACUAUUUCUCUCAGUUUCUCAGUCCAGCACUCAAGCAGAUAAAAAUUCUCUGUAUUUUCUUACACACGCAUAUGUAGUUCAAGAUACAGGUUUUGACUGUGACUGACCCACAUCUUUUAAGGAAAGCACUACAUGUGACCUUCAAUAUAUAGAUCCAGAAAAAUGUAUUUUGUGCAGAGCUUUAGAGUAAUAUGACAACGUGCUCUCCAGCACGCCUUACGCAACUUCCAUGAGGAUUGCAACCUGUAGCAGGUCAAAUUGUAAGUGAGGAUUGUGGACAGUUAAGUAAACCUUGAAGAUCUAUCUGGUAGAUUGUUUGGUCUGUACCUAUGGUUUCUAAACCUUUACUUACGUGUUACUAACAAGUCAAAAUAUACUCCCAUGAGUUAUAGAAAGUCAGCUGAGACUGUGUGGGAUUAAAAGUGUAUUUAUUAGUUAUUUUAUGUCAGAUGCAGGAACACAUAUGGGUAUGCUCGCUAGUGGCUUUGUUGACUUAAUAAUAUGUUAAGUUCUAUUAUAAUUGUAUCCAUUGAGUUUCCCACCAUCUUGAACAUUUGAGUUGAAUAGCCGUUAAAGCAAAUAGGGGAUUGCAACUGUGCACCCACUUUGACUGUUAAUAUAUUACCUCUCUAAUCUGCAUUACAUCACUAACGGUUUUUAGGUAUUUAUUUUCUGUUCAGUAAUAUUUAGUUACUGUGAGCUACAUCUAACAUCCAACUUUGCUGUUUUUCUUGUUUUUACACAUGUACAGGGGUGGAACAAUCCACACUUUUCUAAUGAGUGUACUUUGUGGCAAAGACCAGGAUUCUCACAGUGGUUUAUGUUGGGAAUAUUAUAUUUUUUAUUAUAAAAAUGGUGAUUUGUCCCAUUGUGCCAUGUAAUCUGCUCAAUACCCUAAAUCUUUUUCAGAGUUGCUGAGGGUUCUCUAAAUUAAUCGUUGCUCUCUGGAUCUGAUACAUUGAAGGACAAGGCUUUAAAGUCUGUAGAUUUAGGUGCAGUCUGUGGUGGUAUGUUUAGAAACCUUGAAAGUGUUUUUGAAAUCUCCUUCUACAUUGGGACAUAAUCACCAAUACACUGUUAAUACAGAGUGAUCACCGUUUGGAUUAUGCAAAUACUGCUCUUCAUAUAAUCCCCGUAAAAUGAUGGAAAUUGUAACAAAGAUUUCACCUAAGAUUUCAGAUCUUAAAUGUGGAUUAUUUAGUGCAAUAUACAUUCUGAAUUCAGUGAAAUGGGUAAGUUUACGUAGCAAUAUUUGCAAACUGCGGCAGGAUUUUGUAUGCAUAUGCAUUAUAAUUAUUAUAGUGCGUGUUAUGUCCUGUAUCUACACACACAAACAAUACAUUCAUUGCAACCACUGUUUAAAAUAUAAUGCCUAAAAUUUAUGUUGCUGAGUAGCUUACUAUAUUUAUAGCCUGGCUAGUUAGACUCAGGGAUAUUUUUCCAGCCCUGUGUAUGUGUGUGUGUAUAUAUAUAUAUAUAUAUAUAUAUAUAUAUAUAUAUAUAUAUAUAUAUAUAUAUAUAUAUAUAUAUAUAUAUAUAUAUAUAAAUAAAACAUAAAACAUAUAAUUAUUUUACUAGUAUAAUUUGUGGUGGCCACACUGUAGACUUGUUACUCGUGUUUUUAAAUACCUCCUUGUGGCAGAAAAAAAAGAAAAAACUUGUCACAAUUUUUUGUUGUAUGAAAACUUUAUUAUAUAAAGUUGAAAACCAUGUAAAUUGUGAGAUCAUCUGUUAGACCAUAUUCAGAAUUUAUAGUGCAUUAUUCUUUUCCUUUCUGUUUUUUCUUCUUCUGUUUUUACUGGACUGUUUAAUGCCUACUUUUCUACAUUUCAUUGAGUCACAGUUCUAUUCUUAAAUAAGAGCGCUAACUUUGAAACAUGGACAAACUACAAACCUAUAAAAGUUAUCUUCCUUACUGUUUGAGGGUCCCGUGUUUGGUGUGGAAGUUUCUACAAUGCUGUACUUUGCUUUGAAAGUCAUUGUUUGGGGUUCUCUUAAAUACCAAAUUACAUUUGGUUGUUUCUAGACUUAAUUAAUGCUAUGAUUAUGUAGGCAAGUCAUUCUGCUGCUUUAAUUGCAUAAUGUUUGAGGUGUGCUUCCACAUUCAGCUUCUUACAUUUAUUCAUGGCUUUCAAAAGCCACAAAAAAACCAACUGCAGUAAAAUUACAAAGGACAACAAAGUAAAAUAUAGUUGGCAUAGACACAAGAGAAUGGCAGGGUAGAUUUUUAGUUAAAAAAAUUAAGCAGAUAAAAAAUCCCUGUUUUUAGGACUGAAUUCCUAUUUAUCUAAUAUGAAUUCAAGGUUCUUUGUAUUUGUAUUGUGUUCUUAGCAAUUUUAUGUGGGUCCUUUCACAGAAAUAAAAAUUAAUAUGUCCACUUUUAGCAGGACACUACAUGGUCAAAGUGACUUAGAAUUUGUUUUAUAUUUUUCCAAGGUUCUCAUCCUUAUUUGCCAUGUAAAGUGUUUACUUCAGUGUAAAAUUCCGCCCAUUUAUUGUGUGAAAUAGACAUAAACCAAAAUAUAUAUAUAUAUAUAUGCAAAUAAAGUUCUGUUUCAUUUCCAUUUGUCUGGGGUUAGGAACCAAAAUAACAAUAAUCCCAUGAUAUUGGUCUGCGGGCUGUCCAUGUAUUUCUUUUGAUCAGUGUUGUCUGUUACCUGUUUUGGUUUGCUUUCUCACAAUCCCAUUCUGUGCAUGUUUUGUCUGUAAGUCUGGUAUGUGUAGAGCCCAUGGUACUUUAGAAGGAGAUUGCUCUGACUAUAUAACCCACUGUUUAGAAUGAGUGCUUUAUGAAAAGUCAAGUUGGUAUAUGUAAUGCUUUAAGGUUAAUGUGUCACAAGUGUUGUAAUACCUUCCAAUAAACUCAGUUUUGUAAUGAGUUAUGAAAUUAUGUUUUUGCUUGUUCUUUGAGUACCUAUCCUACAAGAGCUCAUUAUUCCCUAGAAGUACAUAUCAGUUUAACCCCUUAAGGACCAAACUUCUGGAAUAAAAGGGAAUCAUGACAUGUCACACAUGUCAUGUGUCCUUGAGGGGUUAAGAAAAG